AUGGCGGCCCAGGAGGAGUGGUGUUUUGAGGAAGAAGGGUGCUUACAAUUUAGUGGCCGACCAAUCUCAGUCACAUUUUCACCCACCUCGAACUGCUUCAUCUGUACGCUCGAGGAUGGAACGAUUGAAGUGGUGGAUGCGCGUUCCAGUCUGCGAUUAAAGCACACCGCUCCGGCAGGUAAAUUGAGAAUUGAUGAAGCAUGUGUUUAAACUUUGCACAUGAGUAACUGCGGAUAUUUCUCUGUUCGCAACUGUUACUACCUACACACAGAAAAUCUUUUUUAUGUUCCUCCCAAGUAUUCAUUGGGGAGUGCUGUAUCUGAACUAUAAACAUUUUUCCUGUUUAAAACUGUCUAAGGAUGAUCGCAGGAAGUGCUUCAUUUGCCUCAAUCUAAGUGGUUGAUCGAUUUUGAUUGAUUAUUACUCAUUUGGUGAGCAUGAUUGAGGCUUGAUUGAAGGUUACGUAAUACUCUUUCUAAUAACUAUGUUAUCUUUGCUUUACUUUUUAAAAUAUGUUCAAGUACAACGAAGAUGCAAUUAAACCCUUUAGUGGAUUAAUCUUCAUAGACUCAAGCUUAAUUGAGUUCUGCCAGUGAGAGUUUCAGUUAUUGGUUACCCUAAUUUCCUGGUCAACAAACUUACUCUUUUUUAUCCUGUUAGUGGUGAAUUGUGAUUAGCAGGGGUAUUUUGCAGAAUGUCAAAUACUGAAUAUCUCUGAAGUUUGGUAAUUAUAGGGUUGGAAAACUGAGUGAAUUAAUGGUUACCGGACGUUACGAUACAGCAGUGUUCUCUUUAUCAGGCAGUAACUGGUAAAAUUUACCGUCUGAAGCAACAUUUCUUACUGCCUUGAACUGAUUGCAAUUUAAUUAAAAUGAAAUAAGUUGUUUUAAAAAAUAUGCAAGUUGUGAUCCGAUCCAAUCUGAUCGAGGUAAUGAAUGAAUAUAUGGAAGUGUACUAAAGUAUACGCAGUGAUCAGGCAUUUUGGAAAGAGAACAUGGAAGACAGAGUCAAAUUAUUGGAAUCAAAUAUUUUAAAUUAUUGUUUAAAGAUAACAGCGGCUGAUUUGCAUAAAAUAGGUCUUAAAAUGAGGGAAUGACGUUUCAGGGAACUUAGUCCCUAAAUUUUGCAGUGAGAUCGUAGACAUGUCCCUUACUCCCUUACUCCACUACCCCCUUCCCCACUGGAAAGUGCGCCUCUGGCACAUUUUUUUUGUCUUUCCGGCCAUGAAAAGAAUGGUCCCUUACCUGCUGAGCUAAAAUUUAGGGAGAACACUGUUCAAGUCAUUAUGAUACGAGUAUAUUCAGUGUAGUUGUGAAAAGUUUAAUGUGCUUGGUUUAAAGAACAAAGACCAUUAAUUUACUCAAAAUGUUUUUCUUGUUUAUGCACAAAAUUUACUUGAAGUAAUCGAAAUUUCUGUGCAAUUUCACUGCUUGAAUGAAAUGACUUGUAUCAAAAUGACUUUGUAUCGAAACCACCAGUUCCCGAAUCAAGUUGCAGUUAGGUUCAUUAUACAGUGAGAACUGAACUGGAAUUUGUUUCUCUCAGCUUUUUCACUCUAAUCACUAAACUUCAGAGUUGAUUGUCCACAGUGUUCUCCUUAUCAGGCACUAACUGGUAAAAUUUACCGCCUGAAGGAACACUUCUUACCGCCUGCAACCGCUGAAGGUUUACUAAAAAUAAAUAUUGUAAAAUUAAAAAAAUACGCAAGUUGUGAUACGAUCCGAUCAAGGAAAUGAAUGAAUAUGUGGAAAAGUACUUAAGUAUACACAGCUUUUCUUUUUAUGGACCAAAAAAAAUAUUGGAAUCAAACAUUUUUAAAUUGUUUUUUAAAGAUAAAAGUAGCCGAUUUGCGUAAAAUAGGUCUUCAAAUGAGGGAAUGACAUUUCAGAGAUUUAGCACCUAAAUUUCCCUGCGAGGGCAGAGUCAUGUCCCUCACUUCACUACCCCCCCCUGCCUCCCAUUUCCCCUAGGAAAGUUUGCCUCUGGAGCAUUUUUUGCCUUACCGGCCAUGAAUGGUCCCUCACCUGCUGAGCUAAAAUUUAAGGAGAACACUGUGUCCAUUCGACUUUUCUGCAAAAUACUCCUGUAGGAUGGAUAUGCCUUAAAACUGCAAAAAACUCCUCGUGUGAAAAGGUUGUGAAACUUAAAAACUGAAUGUAUCUUUGUUUAAUUCUCUUUAGGAAACUCUGACCCACUUCAGUGUAGAUUCUGUCCUGAGGUAGAAAAACUAUUUAUCACAAAUGGCUCUGUAUCUGGGCUUAGAAAGGAUCUUAAUGGUGUCUUGCUGCUGGACAGCAUUUUACAGCCACCUCUCAAAGGUUCUUGCAGUGAACCAGUUGUUCUCGAGUUUACACUGCCAGAUGUGAGUAGUAUAUCAAAUACGACAUAUGGUGUGUCAUGUGAUAUUCAGAAACCAAAAAAUGCAGAUGAAAAAAUGAGGUGUAGCCAAGUUUUUUUAGGAGCGACUUGUGUCUAAAGUUAAUACCAGGAAGCAUUGAGUAAAGUGUUUGAUGAUAGCUUGUCAAAUAGACAAUAAUUGUUUUUGAUAAAUUUGAAGCUUAAGUGCUCAAACACUCUCUUAUACAGUGUCAUUAUGUUUCCCUGAAUUGAUUUACACCCGACAAAUCCUGGUACACAGGUGGGGAAAGGGGGAGGUGGGGGGGAGGGCGGAACAAUGAUUUCAGGGCUGUUUUUUUGAGACAACUUUAACAGAGUUUAGUUUCAUGUGUGGCACAGGCUAGUGGUAUUUUUGACACUUGAGCUGAGGCCUUUAGUCGACUAAAUCACAGUAAAUGUCAUUGUGGCAGUGACUUUAAUGACAUGAUAUUUUGCUAGGCUCUUCUGCUGGUGUCAGCAAUGGAAUUAUGCAUGUCUGGUGGAGAAGAGGGUUUAAAAGUAAAUGGUUUAAAGGAAGUUCAUCUCAUGCUGAAAGAAGAAGUAGAGAAGGCCCAGUCACUGUUGAAUUCCAGCCAUGAUAAGGCAAUUAAGGUACAUGUGUACAUAUGCAGUUGAAUUGAGUUGUAGCAUGACUCCUUCCGUUACACUCUUAUAGUGAACCUAGGUUGUUGGAGUCGCAAGCAGAAGCAAAGGACUAAUAAUAAUAAUAAUAAUAAUAAUAACAAUAACAAUAAAGAACAGGAAAAAAAUACCAAGAUUUAAAAAAAAGCGGAAACGUCUGUGAAAUUGGAAAGAAGUUGUGCUUGUAGCGAUCAUCAUUUGUGCCCUCGGAACAGUCAGUAAAAAAUUCCAUCUGCAUUUAAAGAAAGCAGGACUUGACAGAAGUGUAAUAACAAUAAUAAUAACAAUAGUAAUAAUACACAAGAGUGAAAAGACAUUGAAUAAUACUCUACAAUGCAAUACUUGUACCUAAACAACUACUAUAGGAAUACCUAGAGUUCUUUGUCUACUACUAAUCGUGUGCCAAGCAAUGACUUGCCUAUAAUGGUGAACUUCAGCAACAUACAUGUAAGUUGACACCAUAAGUGCGUUUUUUUAUUUAUUUUCUUUUAGUGGUGCACUUGCCAGAUAAAGUAUCCCUGUGGCUCUUUGGACACUGCAUUUGGUGACCUGACCAGAUAUUUAGAGAAAAACCAUAAAAAUCAUGCUGCCCUCCCUGUGGUUUCUGCUGUACACUUGAGGAACAUGUGCCUGUUCGAUGUGCAGGGGAAGCUACCCAUGUGUUUGGAAGCAGAAAGAAGGAAGACAUUUGUGUCUUGGCCUCACAAGGAAUACAGGUAUAGUGAAACCUGGACAAACGAUCAACUCUGUUCCAGUCAAAUUCACAUUACUUGUCUCGGUUGAGUUGGGAAGGUUCAUGGCUAAGUAAUCAGUCAGUGGCAGAUCUAGGGGGAAGGGUCCAGGGAUCCCUCUAAUUGAAGCAAUUGAGAAGAAGCAGUGGCAGAUCGAGAUCUUCUGAUAAGGGCUAGCCCUGUCAUCCAGACCCUGAGAUAAUGGGGGGGGGGGGGGGGGUCCCCCAAAAAUUUUUUUUUACCCCCUGCCGCGCCCGGUUUGGGGGAAAAAUUUUGCCAAUAAAAAAAUUUUUCCAUUUUUGGCUUCCCUUAUUAAAAACAGGAAGGGGGGGCAAAUAAUGCACAGCAUUGUAAAAAACCCACACAGACUAGGAGGGUCUAGACAUCAAGAAAAAUGUACACACCUUCUUUGUAACGAUUUUCCAAGUUUCAGCCGACGAAGGAAUGGGUAAAUAAAGUAAACUUUUUGAGUUUUGAACUCGAAAACUUUUUCAAAUUUGUGCUUGCGUGAUUAGCACGCGAAAAACCAAACAACUUGACGCCACAACCAUGUUUACAUACUCUCAUGCAAACACUGCUCUCGGCCAAUCAGAGCGCGCGUACUAUCUUAGUUAUUUUAUAAAAGGGGGUGGCAGCCCCCCUGGGCCCCUCCCCUGAUAAGUGCUGAAAACUGAAACUGCUGUCAUAGGAUGAUUGUGUACUCCUUUCAUCUGAUACUUUCAAGGCUUGCCAAACACAUAUGAAGGAGUGAAUAAAGGUGGACGUUUGGACCCCUUGCCAAAGAUUUUUGGAUCUGCCCUUUUCAAUCAAAUUGUUAGCUUAGCGGUAAUUUUUCAAAUAAUCAUAUUUGUGAAUGACCUUCAUAACUCUCCAGGGUCAAAAGAAAAAAAAGACUUGCCUGUUCCAUUGUACCUUACUUACUUGCAAAGAAAUCCUUCUGUUUUCAAGCCCCACAAUAUUCAUUAUCAUUCCCAUAACUUUACCUCAAUAUGACUACAUGUAGUUGAAUGCCGGGUGAGUCUAGAUAGUAAUUUUUUGUUUUGUAAGUUACAUUUUAUUUUUGUAUUUGCUCUUAAGGUGGGCAUACCCUGAAGCUAUGGCAAAAGCUGGCUUUUACCAUCAGGUAAUCUUGAGUAUAUUAUGCAGAAUGUAUACAUGGCAUAAUGUUUAACCUGUACAUGUACAUUGUAUUUGAUGGACUGCAAGAAGGUUUAACUAUAAACCUUACAAGGGAAGGUAGACUAUUGUCAGAGUUGUCUGAUGAACUAAAACGAGGUUUAACCCCAAAAAGACUUAGGCUGUACAAGGGAUGGCACACUAUAAUCAGCCAUGUGUAAAAAAAAACUUCAGACAGGAAGGCGCACUGAUGACUGGCUUGUUUUGUGGACUGACAGGGGUGUUAACCACAAAUCUGUUAAGAAGAGGCCACUUUGGUCACUGUAGGAUGCAAUGAUUAAUUUUAGUCUAAAUUCUCUUUCAGCCAAGUAACCGAGGAGAUGACAGAGCUCUUUGUUUCACUUGUAAUGUUUGUUUGGUGUGCUGGGAGCCAACAGAUGAACCGUGGUCAGAGCAUGAACGCCAUUGCCCAGAUUGCUCAUUUGUUAGGGGGGACCACACCAAGAAUGUACCUAUGUCAGGUAAGGGAAGAUACUGGUCAGUGUUCAGUCUGUAGUUGUAUACCCAGUAGUUUUCUAUGUCCUUAAAUAUGUAGCAAACUACUGGGUAUGUGGUAUUUUAUUUAACCUGACACAUAUUUUGGGCAGUGUGAGAAGUGUUUUGAAUGUUUUUGCUGUUGUUGUUGUUUUUUGUAGUAUCACUGGCCACUGCACCAGGUUAUGACCAUCAGACUGCUGCUCAAGUCAAGGUAAGUGUAUGAAACAAGUUAAAAGAAAUGUAAACUGAUAUAAGUUCUUAUGGGCCAGAGCACAAACAAAAAUUAAUGAAAAUAUGUAAAUUAAAGUUAAUCAGAGAGGGUGACACUUGUCAGUUUUCAGAAAUGAUAAACCUGCAUCUCUCAAAAUGUCCUCAACCAAUUGGAGAUACUUUCCAGGCCCCAGUUGUUCAAAAGGUAGAUAAUGCUGUCCAGUGGAUAAAUCUCUAUCCAGUGGAUAGCGCAGUUGGUUUUCCUAAUACUUAUCCAUUGGAUAGUGAUUUAUCUGGUGGAUUGCACUAUCCAAUGUUUGAAAAAUUGGGGCCACAUCAUUUUAGAAUUUGGUCUUGUUAGUUUUUGGAGAGAGCAGCAACUGGAGAGGAGUACCCAGAGGAAAGCCUUUGAGAGCUCUGAAGAGUGCCAACAAUAAACUCAACUCACAUAUGGCAUAUGGAGUGCUCUUGGCACUGCACCAGCCCUGUUCUCCCAAGGUGUUAAGCACUGGCUAAACAAUCCAACAUUUUCAUCCAACAUUUUGUUGGAGGAGCAACUUCCACUUUUUAGCCCUCUCUCUUCAACUUUGCAUUUAAAUAUCUUCUGAUGCUUUACCUCUAUCGGGUAUUUUUAUCCAUCAUUUUGCAUUGCAAACAAAUGUUUGGUAGUUUAGUGACCUACAAAGUAAACUCUAGCGGGAAAAAGCAACCAACGGAAACCAAGUUCAUAAACAUAAUAAAACUAAUAAGUAAAUGAAUAACAAUUUAAAUGUAGCACAUCCAUGUAGUGUUCUUUGUCAAACAUUCCUGGUCAAAUUGGGGUUUGGAAAUGUUGCUUCAUUUUAAGGAGAAGGGAAAACUGGAGUACCCAGCAAAAAACCUCUCAGAGUAAAGGAGAGAACCAAUACCAAACUCAACCCACAGAUGGCAUUGACACCCGACCUCAUGGGUGGGGGUGAAUGCUUUCACCACUGUUCCACCCUUCAGGUGCAAUAAUGGCAAAGCUUCAUUUGGAUGUACUCUGUUCAAUUUUUAGUCUGGCAUCUUUUUCUCAUUUAGCCACACCAUGUUGUGUUGGACACAGACAUGAUGUUGGUUGAAAAUGUUGUGUUGUUUUUGAAGGGCUUUAUGAAUGUUGCACUGUGCUGUACAGGAGUGCUUGUACUCUCUUUAGUUUUAAACCAGGUUACCAUUAUCUACAGUUGUAUGCCUUUUUUCAGCAUUUGUUAAAUUACUUUUCUGGUUUUCUCUUUUAGUUUAUCAGUGAAAGCUCAUGUUGCCAUUAUAUAGUGACAUGUAGUGAAAAUGGCGGAAUAAUCAUCUGGAACAUCCAAGACGAACUAAAGGUUAGAAGUGAAUAUUUAAAUAUUGUUUUGUUUAUCCAGGCAUGCCCAAAUCAUGUUAAAAUUUUACAGCAACAGAGUGUGGCCAAAAAGGUAAAAUUUGAAUGGUUUUAUCACAGGAAAUAUGAAAUGAAGCCUUAAAGGUCGACAAUUUGGGUGUGGCUUGGGAUUUACUUGACUUUCUAAACAUACUGUUCUAUAACUAAAUAUAGCCAAAUAAGAGCCAAGGACAUAUAUACACAUCCUCUCCUUACCAUAGGUUUAUUUCUUCUGGUUGCUCAGCAUUUUUGUCUGUGGUUGUUUGAAAGGGUCUGAGAAGGAAUAACGUUAACCACUCACCUGAAUGUUUUUUAUGGAAGUUUUUGAAGGUUACAUCACAAGUUGAUGUGUUGUGAAGCAUUGAAAGAAGGUGCCAUGUUAGUUCUGACUACCUUGCCAGAUCACUUACAUUUUCACUGUAUUUUCUUGUUUAAGGUAAUUCCCUUGAAAAGGAUGUACUAUCCAGAUUUUUUUCAAACUUGACACAAAUGUCAACCAUAUAUAGGACAUUCAUAAACUGCAGUAAAAGGAUGGGGUCACCGUGCUUAUUUUUGCCCUGUGUGCUCAUAAUUCUGAGUGUUUUUUUCUUGUUGUGUACGAAAUGCUUGAAGCUUGAAAAACCGACAAAAAUUCUUGAAUUAUGGCAAAAAAUACGAAUUUUACUAAAACCUAAAGAUGACUACUUCAAGUAACCAACAUAAAAUAAUGACUCGUUCAGUUGUCAUGUUUAUGUCUGUCUUUUCUUUUCGCCAAAGAUCCAUACUGAGUUCCAAGUGGUGUUACCUACUGAAACUGACAAAAUGCAAGAGUGUGGCAUGUCAACAAACUUAGGCCCUCCAAAGAGCUUUGUUGCUUGGUCAGAACCAGAGAAUUUGGAAACAGAGGACAAAUGUACAGAGCAGGACAAGAAUGUGAAAAACAUCAGCGAGGAAGCGGAGAAUCAAUGUGAUGAAGGUUGUGACAAGGAAACACUGUCUUCAACGAAUUCCUGUGAUCAAGGCUACACAAAGAAAGGUGCUGCCACUUGUGACAUUAGAGACCUUUUAAGCCCCAAGAUCCACCUACAAAUUCUCCAGACUGAUGUCCAUAUAUUUCCUUACAGAAAUUGUUGAGAGAAUUUGAUAAAGGAUCAAGCAUUUUCCCUUUGUNAUUGAAAGAAGGUGCCAUGUUAGUUCUGACUACCUUGCCAGAUCACUUACAUUUUCACUGUAUUUUCUUGUUUAAGGUAAUUCCCUUGAAAAGGAUGUACUAUCCAGAUUUUUUUCAAACUUGACACAAAUGUCAACCAUAUAUUAGACAUUCAUAAACUGCAGUAAAAGGAUGGGGUCACCGUGCUUAUUUUUGCCCUGUGUGCCCAUAAUUCUGAGUGUUUUUUCCUUGUUGUGCACAAAAUGCUUGAAGCUUGAAAAACCGACAAAAAAUUCUUGAAUUAUGGCAAAGAACAUGAAUUUUGCUAAAACCUAAAGAUGACUAUUUCAAGCAACCAACAUAAAAUAAUGGCUCUUUCAGCUGUCAUGUUUAUGUCUGUCUUUUUUUUUUGCCAAAGAUCCAUACUGAGUUCCAAGUGGUGUUACCUACUGAAACUGACAAAAUGCAAGAGUGUGGCAUGUCAACAAACUUAGGCCCUCCAAAGAGCUUUGUUGCUUGGUCAGAACCAGAGAAUUUGGAAACAGAGGACAAAUGUACAGAGCAGGACAAGAAUGUGAAAAACAUCAGCGAGGAAGCGGAGAAUCAAUGUGAUGAAGGUUGUGACAAGGAAACACUGUCUUCAACGAAUUCCUGUGAUCAAGGCUACACAAAGAAAGGUGCUGCCACUUGUGACAUUAGAGACCUUUUAAGCCCCAAGAUCCACCUACAAAUUCUCCAGACUGAUGUCCAUAUAUUUCCUUACAGAAAUUGUUGAGAGAAUUUGAUAAAGGAUCAAGCAUUUUCCCUUUGUUGAUAAUUCUGAUAACAUUUUUUUCUUGAUUGAGCUUUUUCCUCAUUUAUGAUAAUUUGAUCAAUUGAGCUUUCUGUGUAACUGACCACCUACCCCUCCCCUAAGUCACAAUUUUGUCCUAAGUGAUAGUCUUUAUGUUAACUUAGGGGAGGGGUAGGUGGUCAGUUAGUCAGAAACAUCGAUUGAUGUGAUAAUUCUCAUAACCUUUCCUCUUACCCCUCCCCUUAGUCUUAAUUUUGCCUAAGUGAGAGUAAGUGUUCAUGUUAACUUAGGGGAGGGGUAGGUGGUCAGUUUCUCAGAAACUUCAAUAAUAUUAUUGAUCUGAUUAUCUUCAUAACCUUUUCUCUUACCCCUCCCCUAAGUCUUAAUUUUGCUUAAGUGAGAGUAAGUGUUCAUGUUAAUUUAGGGGAGGGGUAGGUGGUCAGUUUGUUCUUUGGAUGUCAUUUUGCGAGGAAACCGGUGGUGUUGUCUGCAAAAUGUUGGCUGUUUUCCCAGGCUGGUUCGCAAAUUACUGCCCUUUGUUACUUUUUAAUUUGCAGCUGAGCAGAAGAGCACAGAUGUUCCAUCUCAAAGUAAAGAUCCAGAAGAGCAAAGUCUAAAGGACAAGCUGAAAGUCUGCGCUGUGUCUCUUGUUUGUUCGUGUGGAAAGGAUCCCACCAGCACUGCGGGGCAGAAAUGUCAAUCAUUUAGACACACAGCCACUUUAUUUCUUGCAGUAUACAUUGAAAAGCAUUCUCCUUCAAGUGAUACUGAAAAGACAGAGGGCAAACACGUAUCGUUUUUAACAGCAGAGGGUUGCUCCUGUCCUUACAUUUUGGUGUAUGACAUUAUGGCAAACAGUGAAAAUUCUGCAAAGCCACAAUUCAAUGUAGAUAGCUGUAUUGAACUUGAAAAAGAAAUGAUGUUGCAGGACCCGUAUACAACUUCUGGCAGUGACGAUGACUGGAUGUACGAUCAGUUGCCCAUUCUUCCACCGGAUUCUCUUAACCUUCACUCUUCUGUGCUGCAGAAAUUUGCCGAGGCCAUCGCUGGGGAGGAAAACAUCAAGAAGUCAAAGGUUAACAAAUGUAAAGAAGGAAAUAAAUGCGCAAAGCUUGUUCAAUGCUUGGAUUUAUCAGGAAUUUGCAAUGGUCGGCUUUGUAAAGUAACAGAAAUUGUCCCCUUUGGGGAUGGUCAGAAUAUUUUAGUUAAUCUUCAUUGUUUUAAUAAUUAUUUUAUUGACAAGGGUUCACACAUUGGUGAAACUAAUCCGGAAAAUGAAGAAUCAGGGCAAUCCAGUGACAAUUGUACAGCUAUACCGGGAAGUGAUUCUGCAGGAAACGGGAAAUGUCCUAGACCUGACAGUCUUCCUCAAAGCACUCUUGCAGUGUACAAAAUAGCAAGCAGUGGUGGGGAAAGAACGUUGUCCUCACAGCCCACAUUAACAAAGCACUUUCCCUCUUCUGAUGGUAUUCUUAGUAACUUAGUUACCCUCCCAGUGGAGAGCCACGAACUUUUGCGGCACCCAGCUGGCCAUUUUCAAGAGCUAGAAAACGUGUGUUCCGAAUCCAGGCAAUUUCUUGUUGGUGCGUUUAACGAUAGUGUUGUCAUCAUCGAUGCGGAUUCUCUGAAAGUUGUUACUAAGUUCAAGGUCUCCAGCCAAGGUACAAAGAUAUCGCAUAUUUUGAACUGCCCUGGAAUGGACUGCCUCUGUGUGUGCUGUGAGGAUGGAGUUAUGCACUUUUUGGGAUUACGGAAUCAGGCGCAGGUUGAAGCAGGUAUAGGCACGGCAGAAGACACCAAAGAUUGUUCAUCUAUCUCCGAACUACCAUUGGGAAGCUGUAGUUCACAGUCAGGUAAAUUUGAGUAGGAAGCUAGUCGAGCCGUUUUCUGGUUACUGUCUGGGAUUUUCUGGUUUUCAAAUGACAUCAUCAAAUUUCAAACCUAAAGAAUUAUCGAUCCUCCUGAGUUUUUACUUUCCUGAAUUGUUAGUGCAGCUAAAAAUUUAUAUUUUUACAAAUGUGGAUAGAAAUUUAUUCGUUGGGUAGCGUUAUCCACCCUUUUCACGACUGGGACCAGAUGGAAUAGACUGGAUGAUGUUACAUUUGUAUAUUUUAUCCAAAUCAUGGUUUGAUUUCGUUUCUGUAGCGGCUGCUUUCAAUCCAGAUCAGCCCAUUUCUAUGGAAUUUCUUCAGCAUCUGGUUCAGCUGACGGAAUUUGUGACACUGAUGCCAAGGUUCACAGCAUCUGUCCCCUCCUCUUGGGUUGAAGUUCAACAAGAUCAACAGCGUCUUCAUCAACACACCUUGGUCGAUCCAGUGUUGCAUACCAGAACAUGGAAAGUACGAUCAGAUGGUAGUAGGUAUGUAUGAGCCAUAAAGGAGCUCUGUCACGGCGAAUGACGGUCAAGUCGCCCGAAAGUCAUCUCGCCCGAAGUCAUGUCGCCCGAAACCAGAGUCAUGUCGCCCGAAAUUUCAUAAUGCUCAAAAAGAUUCUAAAAAUGCUACUCAGAGUGACGACAUCAAUACAUAUACGUUUUUCGAGUUUAUUCCUUGCGAUUUACUUAAGAUGUUACCUUUCCUCAAGUUUAUACACUCGAUAAAAUUGCGGGCGACAUGACUUAGGAUUUCGGGCGACAUGACUAUGUAUUUCGGGCAACAUGACUCUGGUUCCGGGCGAUAUGACUUCGGGCGAGAUGACUUUCGGGCGACUUGACCGGUUACCGUCACGGCUGUGUAUUUCACUGGGUUAAUAGGGAGCUGAAGCAACACGGGCGGUUAGGUACCAGUUCUCGUUAAGGUAUUUGUUCAAACAAGGUAGUAUGUUUUUAAUCAGGUAAUGUUUCAUUUGCUUUGUUAGUAAUCAACUGUCUAAACAGGGAUAUUAUCUAUUUAAUUUUAUUCAAUGUCGUCCCUAUUCCUCAUCCUUCUCCUCCCUUCCAAAGUUAGCCUUUUCCUCUCCUUCUUUUCGUCGAUAUCAAUGCCAUCAAUACUUCAUGUCUUGAUUACUUUUAAACGACGCCAGGAGCCAUAGAAAGUUUUGAGGAAGCUCACUGUUGAAUGAUACGCCUGUAAUAAUUUAAAAACUUAGAGUUAUUGAAGAAGGGGCCGUGGGGGUUCACUUUUUCCCUGCCAACUCUAUGCGCACAGUGUAUCUUCAUGCCUCGAGUUUUCAAUACAAGAAACUCUGAGACAACAUGCAUGCAUGCGAGCAGUACAGUGUAAAAUUGUUAGUUGUGUCUGUCUGUACUGCUAAAAUUCAAUACCUCAUCUGUUACCUAUUAAUCGAGAAAUUUCCUUUUUUGAAGAUUUCUGGGGAGGGAGCAACUUGUCGAGGUUGUUCUUCCGAGAUAUUGUCACGUGGGCCACAUCGAUAUCAGAUUCUCGCUCAGCCCGAUGAUCACUCAGCCCACCACAAAUGUGUACCUUCUGAACCCACCUUACGUCAGCUCUUUUAAGUCCUGUCAGAAUGCCUCUGCCCCUGCUUUGGCAGAACAAGACAAGAGAGGAAUGCUGGCCUCUGCUCAAGAUCAAGGCCAUGUCGUAUGUGGCCCUGUGAGUUUAAAGCUAGGGCUUGACAGCACUGGGCGGCAUGGUCGUGUCACUUUGACCAGCCCGAAAUUGGUCAAAUCCAGCGGUCGAAUUUUCUUGAUUGUGUUUGACAGUCAAGGGCCGAGUGAAGAUCUCUCUGAGGUGUCCAUCACAGUGACACGGUUUAAAAACAACUCCACUUUGGAAUGCCACAAAUUGAGAAGCAGCUUGCUGGAAAACAGCAGCGUCGGGCUGCUUGAUAUUGUUGUCGGAUCUCUGCCGGUGCACGGAGCAGCUAGAGACGAAGAUGGCAGGAAACUUGCUCUUGAACUCCUCUGUUGGAUUGCUGGCGUGUGUGUCAACUACAAAGCAAGGUUGGAUUUAUUAUUACUUACCUUAACAUCUUUUAAAUGCACGGCCGAAAAGUACCACGUGUACUGAUGCAGGGUCCAAGAGAGUCUGGUUUUUGGGCAAUGAUUUAGCGUAAACUGCUGUUUAUAAGCCCCCAAACCCCCACCCCCACCCCCACCCUAGUUAUAGGUCCAUCUACCUGUAAACAAAAAAAUCCAAAAUACGUAUUUUCAUCAGACACUGUAGCUGUCGAACCUACUUUUGUUGCUUUCCUUUAACACUCGGAAACCUAAGUCCAUGGCCUCUCGUGGCAUUCCUGGCAUUCCUUCAAAUUUUUUUGAAGAUCAGUGAACUAAAAACUACCCACAAUACCUUUGAUGAUUGUCGCGUGCACUUUUUCCGACAACUUUUCUCGAAAUGGCUGUAUAUUUGGGUUAUACAUGUAUGCCCCUUCGGAUAUAGGCCCUUCCUUUUAUAAGCCCUCUUAAAGCCCCUUACGAAGCCCAGGGCUUAUAAGCGGGAGUUUAUGGUAUCUUAGUCAAAUCCAACUAGUGGUCUAUUAUCAAUGCUACGUUCUGAUUGGUUGAGCUACUACUAGGCUAUAUGUUAUAGCCCACUAGUAGAGAAAAGCGCCGGCUUUGAAAACCAAAAUAAUGGCGGCUGAAUCGCGUUUUGCUAGGUAAAGUUGUUUUGUCUCGAUAUUUUUGACCAACUAUUUGGAUUCUACUAAAAACAAUUAUUCCUCUCGUCCAACGACGACGCCCCAAUAUCAGGAACAGUGUAUUGAUCAUAUCCCAUAUUACCUUUCGGAAUUGUCGCGUGCACAUUUUUUCCGAUAACCUUUCAAAUAGCUGUAAAAAGCGCUUUAAAACAAGUUAUAGUGCUGAUGAAAAUGGCCUCUGAGCGGUAUCCUCUCUUUACAAUUUUGUUAUGCAACUUUGCAUGUAUCUACCGCAGGCCUAAGGAGUGAGGGCUCAAGGAAGAUACCAAGUUUAGCUUACUUCAACACUUUGUGCCUCGUUGAACGACGUCAAAUUGCUCCUGUGCCCAGACAACCAAUGUCGGCGCCUUUCAAUCCUAAUCCGACCUGGUAGACUUGAACGCAUGAAGUUAUGAUCAGUCACGUUUAUUUGAACAGCGAAAGUUGCAUUACAAAAUAACUGGAAUCAAGAUCAAACUUAGAGCUUUGUUGAAUAUGACCUUUUUUGUUUUGUUUUGUUUUGUUUUUACUAGGGAUUACAGCGAUAUGGCAUUGAUACAGGAGGUGGAAGCUUACUUGCCUAAGUUGAUUCAAACGUGUUAUCUCUCUUCUGGGCGAAGCAUCGCUCACAAGUGUAGCCGACUUCUGAUGAUGUGCGCGAGGUAAACCACGAAUUUUUACUAUUCAGAGUUAUUUUUCUUCCUUUCCUACAAAUGUGUACCUUCUGAACCCACCUUACGUCAGCUCUUUUAAGUCCUGUCAGAAUGCCUCUGCCCCUGCUUUGGCAGAACAAGACAAGAGAGGAAUGCUGGCCUCUGCUCAAGAUCAAGGCCAUGUCGUGUGUGGCCCUGUGAGUUUAAAGCUAGGGCUUGACAGCACUGGGCGGCAUGGUCGUGUCACUUUGACCAGCCCGAAAUUGGUCAAAUCCAGCGGUCGAAUUUUUUUGAUUGUGUUUGACAGUCAAGGGCCAAGUGAAGAUCUCUCUGAGGUGUCCAUCACAGUGACACGGUUUAAAAACAACUCCAGUUUAGAAUGCCACAAAUUGAGAAGCAGCUUGCUGGAAAACAGCAGCGUCAGGCUGCUUGAUAUUGUUGUCGGAUCUCUGCCGGUGCACGGAGCAGCUAGAGACGAAGAUGGCAGGAAACUUGCUCUUGAACUCCUCUGUUGGAUUGCUGGCGUGUGUGUCAACUACAAAACAAGGUUAGAUUUAUUAUUACAUACCUUAACAUCUUUUAAAUGCACGGCCGAAAAGUACCACGUGUACUGAUGCAGGGUCCAAGAGAGUCUGGUUAUUGGGCAAUGAUUUAGCGUUAACUGCUGUUUAUAAGCCCCCCACCCCCACCCCAGUUAUAGGUCCAUCUACCUGUAAACAAAAAAAUCCAAAAUACGUAUUUUCAUCAGGCACUGUAGCUGUCGAACCUACUUUUGUUGCUUUCCUUUAACACUCGGAAACCUAAGUCCAUGGCCUCUCGUGGCAUUCCUGGCAUUCCUUCAAAUUUCUUUGAAGAACAGUGAACUAAAAACUACCCGCAAUACCUUUGAUGAUUGUCGCGUGUACUUUUUCUGACAACUUUUCUCGAAAUGGCUGUAUAUUCGGUUUAUACAUGUAUGCCCCCGUCGGAUAUAGGCCCUUCCUUUUAUCAUGAGCCCUCUUCAAGCCCCCCUUACGAAGCCACAUUGAGUUUGUGGUAUUUUAGUAAAAUCCAACUGGUGGUCUAUUAUCAAUGCUGCGUUCUGAUUGGUUGAGCGACUACUAGGCCAUAUGUUAUAGUCCACCAGCAGCGAAAUGCGCCGGCGUUGAAAACCAAAACAAUGGCGGCUGAAUCACGUUUUGCUCGCUAAAGUUGUUUUGUCUCGAUAUUUUUGACCAACUAUUGGAUUUUACUAAAACAAUUAUUCCUCUCGCCCUCAUGGCCUCUGAGCGGGAUCCUCUCUUUACAAUUUUGCUAUGCAACUUUGCAUGUAUCUACCGCAGGCCUAAGGAGUGAGGGCUCAAAGAAGAUACCAAGUUUAGCUUACUUCAACACUUUGUGCCUCGUUGGACGAUGUCAAAUCGGCGCUCCUGUGCCCAGACAACCAAUGUCGGCGCCUUUCAAUCCUAAUCCGACCUGGUAGACUUGAACGCAUGAAGUUAUGAUCAGUCACGUUUAUUUGAACAGCUAAAGUUGCAUUACAAAAUAAUUGGAAUCAAGGUCAAACGUAGAGCUUUGUUGAAUAUGACCUUUUUGUUUUGUUUUGUUUUUACUAGGGAUUACAGCGAUAUGGCAUUGAUACAGGAGGUGGAAGCUUACCUGCCUAAGUUGAUUCAAACGUGUUAUCUCUCUUCUGGGCGAAGCAUCGCUCACAAGUGUAGCCGACUUCUGAUGAUGUGCGCGAGGUAAACCACGAAUUUUUACUAUUCAGAGUUAUUUUUCUUCCUUUCCNGGAAUCAAGGUCAAACGUAGAGCUUUGUUGAAUAUGACCUUUUUGUUUUGUUUUGUUUUUACUAGGGAUUACAGCGAUAUGGCAUUGAUACAGGAGGUGGAAGCUUACCUGCCUAAGUUGAUUCAAACGUGUUAUCUCUCUUCUGGGCGAAGCAUCGCUCACAAGUGUAGCCGACUUCUGAUGAUGUGCGCGAGGUAAACCACGAAUUUUUACUAUUCAGAGUUAUUUUUCUUCCUUUCCUUCGCCGUCAUAUGUGAUUCAAGCUCCACGCUUCCCCCGUGAUUUACACCCCGCCCAUGAAGCGCAUAAAAAAGACGCUUGUUGUACUGCCCGUAAGUAAUGGUAGUAGGACUUAAGUGGACUGAAGUGUAGCCGAGGACGAAACGAAUUCCUCUUACCUAUUAUUUAACUCAUCAAUAGAGAUGAGCGUGGGGGAAGAUGCCUGUGAGGCUUGUGGAGCCCCGAAAGGUAGCUCACUGCAGUGUGUAACCUUAACAACCCUGUGAGUGGCAUCAACCCAGGCACCGUCACACUCCUAACCAGUGGAACCUACCAUACUUACCAUAAGCAGGGGAAGGGUAGGGAGCAGAAAGAAACUAUGCCAGCACAAGCCACGAAAGGCAACGACACGCGAUCGUAAUGGCAUGAGCUGAAGAGAAAGGCUGUAAAAAGACCCAUGAGCGCCUGCAAUGGGAUUAGGGCGCUCCCGCAUAUCUCCGACGAGAGACUGCUGGCCAGCCAUGUCUCGAGUUUAUACUAAGCCUAAAUUUCAUUUAGCCACAUUUCAUCACUGUAACAAAAUUUGACAACAAUACAGAGCUAAUUUGAAGGUUUCGUUAAUCAAAACAUAGGAUCGUCCUUUUUUUCUUCCCGCAUCUCUGUGUCUGGAUGUUGGGUGAAACACUACCUCCUGUGCUUGAUGUUGGACUGGGUCAGUGCGAGUUGCACUGUGGCACUUUUUUGGGGGAAAAAUUUUAACCUAGAUUCCUUUGCGACCUCUUAAUAGCCAAUAAAAGAAGCGACAGCAUCCCAAAACAGUCCCACAAUGCAGUUCGCUGCAACUCCUACCCAGCCACACGAAUAUCCUCAAAAUGUCCAAUAUUACCUCUAGUGCGUUACCAGAUGUACUGAGAUUUUCUAUAUAAACUUUUCUCUUCUUCUUUUUUUUUUUUCAGGAAAGCCGUAAGUACCAGGACGUCCACUGACUCGACAUCGUCUUUCAGGAGUUCUCUGUUGAAUGCAAUCCUUGAUGUUUUACGAGACACCCCAUGUGCAGUAUCAUCUGGAGCGGUCCACUGGCUUUUUAAGUUGCUAACAGGGUUUGCAGCCCAAGCAAACGCCUCUCUGACAAGUUUUGUUUGCUUGGAAUUGCUGGAAUUUCUGUCAUCAAAGCUUGCCACCACAAGAUUUCCUGAGCAUCUUGCUUUACGUUCCAGGUUAGAUUGCCAACAACUGGUUCGCUACUUGUGGAAUUCGCUUCCUCCUAGUUCGCAACAAAUUCGCUGUGUAUUACUUUUUGUAAACCGCUGAAAAUAGUCCCUUAAUCGCUCCAGAAAAAAAAAACCUUUUAAUAUAUUUCUCGCUCUUUUAAACUGGCCCCUACAAGGGUGCAAGUUUUGGACUUUGCCUAUAGGCAGCGAGACGAAUAUGUAGGUAGCGAGUUCGAACGUAGCGAAUUUGACAAGUAGCUAAACCGUUGUAAAGCUUAGAAAUGAAGGGACUGUUAAUAUAUUUCGAGAACUGAACUGGUGCCGAAAUGAGUCCCGUAGUUGUUUCUGGGAUAGUUACUGGGGACGCGCCGUUGACUUGACUUGUCCCUGGUAACAGCCCCGGAAGUCUUUGCGAAAGUUAAGUCGACCCAGUCUCAAAAGUGGUUCAAACUCGUUUCAAAAGUGGCGAAUUUCCAGGGGUGGGAGGAGUGGGAGCAAAACCAGCAGAUAUUACAGGCAGUGAAUAGCAAUGAUCCACAAAGAUCAGCAAAGCAAAGCAAAGCAGAGCUGAGAUAUGCAAUCACAUGUCAGCCCCUGCAGACCAAGCAGCUACCCCGCACAAGCCUGCCUGCCCGAGGCUCAACCACUGUGACUUCUCCCCCCUGAGAUGAUAUGCUCAUCCAUGGUGCGAAUAUAGCCACCUUUCAUUGCUUUCAAUCAACGUUAAACAAUAUUUACUUCGGUUAUUUGUCAGAUUUGGAUUGUAUGGCUGCCCUCUGGAUCCUGUCCUAUUCGAUUCUGUGCCGCAAUCCUGCAGCCAACAGCAAAGUUCACCAGUUGUCAGCAACCUGACUGCGCCAUCUUUGGCCAGCAAGUGUGUGAGUUCUGUUUCUGCUUCCACUGUGGCCUCAACUUCUGAACAAGUCUCAUGGAGCAGUGUGAAUUCUUCGCUGGCUUCUCAGGGUCUCCUGGAGGUCCAGCCUCUUCAUUUUGUGUGUUGUUCUACUAGCGAUGGUGCUAGAGUGGAGAGGGGUGAUAUACAACCAGUGAAAGGGAGCCUGGGGCCUGUGGGAGCACCUGUUACUGUUCCUUUUAUGGCUUCAGCAAUGAGCAUGCCUCCAUCUUCAGCGUUGCCAACUGAUUCGGCAUCUUUGGUUGCUCUGGAACAAGAGCUUCAAGUGUUAAAGGUAACAGUGUUAAUUGAUUAAAACGCAAUUACAGUCAAUUCUCUCUAAGACGGACAUAUUUGUGACCGGUACUGAGUGUCCAUCUUACAGAGAUGACCGUCUAAUAGAGAGUCAAAUAAAAAGAGUAAAGAAAGGCAGGAACAAACUCUGAACUCUAGGUGUCCAUUUUAACAAGGUGUGUGUCUUUUAGAGGUGUCCGUUAAGAGACAGUCGUCGACUGCAUGUGGCUUUCUUUACAACAGCUGUAUUCUUCAUAACGUAUGUGUUUAGGUACCUUAGAAAUCAAAAUCUUCAUCUCGUGAACAGUUUCAGUCAAGCGUUAUUCAACAGAAACUAGACUGUAUUCCAGCUGUAGCCUGUUGUGGAGAUGGUGAAGGCAACAGUCACGUUAUUGACGUUAUACGAUGACCUAUCCGUUCGCUUUUCUCCCUCCAGUCCUUUUUUACUCCAAGGGAUAGAUUCUCUUCAACUUAACGGGAUGUGCGAAUUAACAAAGUUCUAGGAGGCGUUCAAAAAGUCUAGAUCGGGUUAGCUUUUGAAACCCAGUCCCUAACCUUUUGUAAUUUAGUGACUAAAGGGAUUGAUCGAAUCCAGGUUUUCUUGACGCCUAGUUCCAAUUAGUCAAUACCUUAUGGCUGUAAUAAUAGGCUCCAGUUUCGAAGGAGAAAUGCACGUUGUUCUAGAUGUGUAGUGUGUAUCGUUUCUUCCAUUAUUUUGACUGCUGACCUGGUAUUGCAGUCAAACCCCGUUAAAAUUGAGGCUGUGCGGGCCAUAGAAAGUGUCAGUAUUGACGGGGUGUCCGUAGUAGCUGGUUCAAUUAAGCGAAAAUGUAAGGGCUUUCUUUCCCUAGGGACAAAGCAAACUGUCUGUAAUAAUGAGAGGUUUGACUGUACUCUGUGUUCCUUUUGUAAUACAGCAGCACCAGCAGCAGCUAGUCAGCCUGCAGCAACACAAAGAGCAACUGGAGAAGCACAAGAAGGAGUUGGAAGACCUGUCCUUGUGGUCUUUGUGGUCCAAAACUGAUCCAUGGAUGCCUCCGCCCCCCAGCGCGCAGGCAUUUCCACCACCCACCCUAGCACAGCUUGCCUCUCCAUCAGCUUCCUCUCCCAUCAACCUUGCUCAGCAGAAGAAGCAAGCAGGUUCCACCCGGAAACAGGAAGGGGUAAACGGUGCUCCUGUGUCACAGCCUGUUCAGCAGCAUGUCAUGCAGGUAUAAAUAGUCCCCCCCCCCCCCCCCCCAGGGGGGGGGUCUUUCUUAAAAGGCCCUCGGGGGGGGGGCCCCCCCGAAAAGGGGCCCCUUUUUUGGCUUUGGGGUUAAAGGGGGGGGGGGUUUUUAGGUGCGAGGAGAAUAAGAGGGGGAGAAAAGUAUUGCUUUUUGGGGUGUUAAAAAGUAUAAAAUAAAAAAGGCCCCCCCCCCCCCCCCCAGAGGGGUGGUACUUCCUAUAAUGGCCUACGCGGGGAGGCUCCGCCCGAAAAGGGUACCCUUUUUAGGCUUCGGGUUUAAGAAGGGGUAGGGAUUUCGCUAGCUGAAGUAUAUGAAAGGGUAGAGAAAUCUGUCAUUUCGGUCGGUUAAAAAGUUCAAAAAGCCUAGCAAUGCAUUUAUAGCUGUGAAAAAGUCAAAAAACGUUCUUGUUUUGUGAUUUACACGACAAGACAUUGCAUUUACAACCAUUGAAAGGGAUGCAAAGUUUGAAACUGGGUGUGUGAAAGAGGUACCAUUUGUCAAUAGAAAGUAUACGAAAGGGGUACCUUUUCAGUCAAAAAUGGUAUAUAAAAGGGUAGGGGGUCGCAGCUCGGGCCGGAGCCCCCCCGUCGGGCCGGAGUUCCCCCUUCCCCCGGAGUACACCCUUCGACGGUUUUUCACCUUUUGACAAGGACCCUUUUUUGUAGACACCGCCGGUAAGAGCGCCUUAAAAUCUCUGAAGUUGCCGACUUGGAGAUUGAUCUGUUGAAAACUAACGAAGAUACAACUUUGCAAAGUCGCGAAAUUUUACAGAGUGGCGGCUGAAUGGUUGGGGGCAAGUUUUUCCCACCUCAGGUGUGUGAAAGUGAAAGUAAACAGCGUUUCAUGUUUUGUCGGGGUUAGAUCGUUUUCACUCACGUGAUCUGCAAUUAUGUAAAAGAAUGUUUUUACAUGAGAACAGAGUUUAAUCCCCAUAGGACUCUUACGGUACACCAACAUGGCCGCCGUUUCAUUGUUUUGUACACCAAUAUGGCCACCGUGACGUCAUGUGAAAACGAUCUAUAGGGUGGUAGCCGAAUUUUCUUUUCUUUUAGGCGAGCGCCGUAGAUAGCAUCAACUUGUACAAUGGGCCAUUUUAACGAUUACGACAUAAGACUACAACUACCAGAAUUCAUUUCGUUUUUGCUCUCUUAUUCAAAUUUGCCAAUCCCUAAUUUGCACAAGAAAACAACAAACUGAAGGAUUCUGGUAGUUGUGUUAAAAUGACGUCAUCAUGCAAUUGCCCUCUUGAGCCGUCAUUUUGCCCAGUUAAAGUAGGUGCUAUACAGCGCACACUCUUCCUGUGGAAUUUAAAAUCACUGUUAAUGAAAAUUUUUCACAGUAGUUAGGUAAGAAAAGAGGUUUGCUGCGCUGAUCAGGUUAUGUUUUUUCUCUACAGCUUCCUCAUCCCCAGGUGCUUGUAAUUGACCGUCUUCACGCAGGCGCCCGUCAUCACGUUGUUAUAGACUUUGGCUGUGUUGUCCAGUUGACGGAUAUACUUAUUCCUCAGUGCACGGACAUUAUGUCGCUGUCUAUUGAUGUUUGGUCGCAGUGGGAUGAUCCGGAUGUGCAGAGGAUAGCUGCGGUGUCAGAUAUCAACCUCUGCGCGUGUGUUCUGAAAGACCUUCUACCACCGCCGCUCUGCAGAUACGUCAAGGUAAGCCGUCUACUUGUUUGUUCUGUAAAAGGUAUCAAAGUGGGAACAUUUGAGGCGAGUGCAUUCCUGCAAAAUGACAUUUCCUGUGCGUAAUAAAAACAUCUCAAACGUAAGCCAACCAUCCACACAAUCUAGUGUCAAGGUAUCAGUGAAUUGAAUUGACCAUCAGCGAAGCUUUUUUUUUAUUUAUCGGCAAAUCUAUUCUGACAUCACUGAAAUAUAUCAUCAACGAAGCUUUUUUUUUCAUUUAUCGGCAAAUCUAUGCUGACAUCACUGAAAUAUAUUUUUGUUACCUUAGUAACAUGAGCUUAUCAUUCAGUGAUAAAUUCCCUACGCAAGGGCCGUAGGUUCUCGCUUUGCGAGGAAUAAGCUCAUGUAAACAACGAUUCGCCUAUUCGUUUCUUACCUCCACAUUUCAUUUGUUUUCACAAGGUGACAGUUGUUGGAAGACCGAAAAACAAUGCGAAGGCUCGAGUAAAGAUUGGCGAAUUCUAUGGUUAUCCAUUAUGUGGUCAGACGUCCUUGAAUGGAGAAACUACGCUGCUGAAUGCCAGUAGUCAGGACCAACAGUGCCUACCAAUACUACAGAAUCUUUUGGAGGACAUUCACUGUCACUACAACUUGACCAGUACCCAACUGAGAAUGCUGUUACAGUCCGCAGAACCACGGAGCCCCAGGUUCGAUAUCACUGGAAGGGGUGCAUCGCUCACGGAAGAGGAAAGGAAGGUCCACAAAGCGUACAAUGAGUGUAUGGAGCUCCAACACCAACUCAACCUUGUCGAGCAGUCAAUCUGUAGACUGACGUCUACUACAGAAAGCGGCCGUGCCGCUUCGUCCCUUCAUGAUGCCAAGUAUGACCACAUACAGGUCAUUUGCAACUGUUUGUUAGACACUGUGGUCACCCUUAUGGGUGUUGGUCCUUCUUUAGAUGGUUUUUUGGCAAAGUCCAAACUAACUAUCGAAUGGCAGCCUUGGUUGAGUCAAGUGACACCAGUGAUGUGUGAAGGUCUGUUCAGGAAUCUCUGCGUUCAUGGGUCUCCUCAGAAGCGUGAGAGAGUUGGAGCCCUUCUUCUGAAUGCUUGUGGUAGUAGACCAUGGUGGGGUGAAUUUUUGUCGAGCGUCUUGAAAGAGUUCUUUUCUUCAAGCCAGAAGUGUACAUUUCCUCAAGAAAGGUACGGUAGUGAAACUUUUGUAUUUACAGUGUGUUAAUAAAGAAAAGAAUGCUGUAAUGAGUGUAAUAUUGUAUGCGAUCAUUCCACGAAUACAACGUCUUGAAACACGUUCCAACAGAAAACCUGCUGAAUACUGAAUGCUGAAUAUUCUGCCUUUCUGGCGUGCUGUGGUAUGUGGCGAGUACACUCAAGUCAUAAAAGUUACUUCUUGUUUAUGAAUUCGCCUUAACUUCGGCAAUUUAGGUUAGGGCCUAGUAUUAGCUAUUAAAGUGCAUAUGACACGAAUUUUGUUUUGCUGUAUUUUAUUCUUAAAUAUGUGUAAAAUAUGAAUCCGAAAUUUAAACUCGUCAAAAAUCUUGCAAAACUUAUUUUUUGUCUUCGAAACACGCAAAUUUUCCUCCAGAAAAUGUCCGCCUUAUCGCAAAACCAAAUUCAGAAGGAUGACGUAGAAUGAUUGACAAGAAUGUCGAAUAAUCAACAAGAUGGCACCAAAUACGAAGGAUCGUCGUUGUCGACAACUCCCCAAUCACCUUCAGUAUCUUCAGUUGCUUGGCAAUACCUUUUUCACAGUCAAAUACAUUGCUUAAUUCCACAAAACUCAAAGCAAUGACUAGAAUCGGAAGCGAGGCUGAGCAAAUCAGCUGACGUCACAUGACGUCAUCAGCCUUUCUUUGGUCCUUUAAUUCGUUCCCAGUCUCUCAAGGGAAAAAGCAGCUUUUGGACGGCCAAAAUUCAAGAAUUUGUUUGCGAGACACAUUUGUAAAGUUUAGAAUUGUUACUUAAACUAUCUGAGGACCGAAAUCAGUGUCAAACUAUUCCAUUUGCACUUUCUACUUCCAGGUUGUUUGCUGUAAUAGUGAAUUUGAGCCAGCAGUCUCCCUCCGUGGAGCCAGUGCUUACAAGUUUCUUGAGUCUCUUAGAUGAUCUUCUUCUCCUUAAGAAUCUCAAAGUAGAUAUAGACUCAAUAGAUCUGACAUUGGUUGGGUGGCUGUUGCUCCUCUUGGCACAUGUACUGGACGCCUGCAUAGUCCAGUGCAAACCUUCAGCCACUGCAGCAGGUAAGGAAAAUAAUUUUCUCUUUGUUGGGCUGCCUGUGGCAAACCCCAAUAUUGUUCUGAGUAGCGUGUACGUCGAAAAAAGACAAAAUGGCGGAUGCAUGACCGAAAGGGAGUGGGUUCCAAAAACUGCAAUUUUCUUUUCUACUUUCAGAUGAUGCAGACACUUCUAAAGUAUCAAAUGGCAAAAACGGAGGGACGUCGACUUCUAGCAAGAGCAAAUCAUCGAAGUCUUCUAAGAGUAGCAAAUCCAGUAAACGAAGCCGAUGGGACUUCAUGCUUCCGAUGCUGUCAAGCCAACCAGCGAGCUCUGCAAGUGAUAUUAGCUCUUACCGCUAUCAGCGUACUCAUAAGUUGAUGAGCAAGUACGCACUACCAAAGAAGACAUUGACUGAAUCGCAGUUACAGCAGAGCAUUAUCAAGGGCAAUGGCAAACAAGCUUACAAGGUAAUGGCCAAGGUUUUAGAGUACUAUACGCUACUCCGCUUCACAGGCUAUCAGGCUCAUUGCUGAGAAUAGAAAGUUAAAGAUGUGACAGCAUCAGCGUGCGUCAACGGAUCCUGAGAGAUAUUGAGAUUUUUUAGAAGAAGACUCCUCUGUAUUUUACGCGGAUUGCCGACGGAAAUUACAGGCUCCCAAGAAUGUCUUGACUAUUUUUUUUAAUCAGUGUUGACAGACUUGAUAAACUCGCACGUGUAUAAAGUUCCUGUCACGAACUUUAUUCAUUUUUUAACAUGUGAGAGACUCAUCCAAUUUGUAUAAAAUGUUAUGUUCCAACUAGUUACUUUCAAUCAAUCUCGGCCACGAUUUUAACACUAGUAGUGCACUGGAAAUAUUUGUGUCAGUAUAACUUUUCCCAUUAUCGCCGUUGAUAGAGGAACGGUUCCUCUAUCAUUCUUCUGCAUGUAGAAAAAAUUUUGGUAAAAUUGCCUGAAGAAUGUUCGACCAGUGACUUACAGCCAGGCCGGUGUUGGCGAAAUGUAGAUCUUAGCCGAGAUUCACUCCCAUGAGCGUAACCUUCCUGUUAACUUUAAUUUUUAUACUUCAGCAAACGAAAAACUUGUCUAAAUUGGUUAAAAGAUCCUCCCAACCAGUUUCUGCCAGCCACUGAACGCCAAAUUUGAAUCUCACUGUAAAUCUCAUUUUCUUUGCUCUAUUUUUCUUCAGCAUAUGAAAGACUUGUCCAAAUUGCGUCGCCAUGUUGACGAGGGAAAGCCACAGGUUGAAAAAUCAACCCACCAGCCACCAGUGUUCUCUGCAAGUUCUCCGCUUCCAGCGGAUACCACAUUACCUGUCAUGCGCAAGAUGAUCAGCUUUAUUCUUAGUAUGGACUCCACUUGCAGCGUGGAGCUGUUUUUGAUUUCUUGCAAGGUACAUUACAGUCAGAGAACAAAAACUGUUAUGUUUGUCCUAGUUGAUAAGGUAAACUGGGCGCUGUAGAAGCAAUAUACUUGAACGUGGUAGCGUGAAAAGCAAACAAGUUGGAAGCAAAUCUGAGUUUCUGAUAAGAUUCGAAUCCAUUACGUCCCAAAAUACUGGUGGAGAGAAUUAAGUUUCCUACUUUUUUUAUUAUUCAGCCCUUUCGAAUUUACUCCUCGACCUAGUUAUGUCGUUAUUACUUGUCACUCCAACUUCCAAAACCGUGGACGAAAUUGUAUGGUGUUACCAUUCAAAUGAAACCUCUUUAGCAGUACUUUGACUUGGAACUAUUAAUUUAGUUUGUAUUUCAAACUUUUGAGUCUGUCUAUGAAAUCCUAUUUCGUGACCAUUCAAUUAAAACUCCCUUGUUGAACUUUAGCAUAGUACAAUUUACUUCUUAAGAUUUUACAAAGAGAAAUGUGAAUUUUUUGAGAAUUUUUUUGGGGUACUGCUUCCCCAUAGCGCUUGAAACUUUGAUUUUCGCAGUUGCCAAUGAUAUUAUUGAUUUAUUCCCUCCUUCCCUCCUUGUGAUUUUCACAGGUCGUAGCCCACUUAGCUUGUGUAAGUGAACCAAGUGUUUGCCUUACUGAUGUCAUCACUGAUGAUCAGUUGGAGCAGCUGUUAGAACUGUGUGUGAUGUCAAGUGAAUCCCAGUCUGGUGCUCACUCAGGGGGACCCUGGACUUCUCAUUCUCUAACUUCCCUGCUACAAGAUCUUCUUCAAGGUGUGAAAUAAUGGUGCUCUCGCUAAGAGCUAAGGUCUCUGAGAGCCUGCACAAUUGUGUUUUGUUCUGCUUACGUAUGCACCACACACCCCUACCACGCUCCCCUCCCCAGAGGCUCGUGCUGGGUAUCCCAAUGAAAAUAGCAGUAAGUAAAAAGGAUCAAUUUAAGGUUCUGGGAAACUGCCCAACUACCCCUCCCCUAAGCUAACAUUAUCACUUACUUCUCAAUUAGGGCAAAAUGUUGGCUUAGGAGAGGGGUAGGUAGGCAGUUUCCCGAAAACCUGAAUUGAUCCAUUAAAAAAAGUAACCGCGCAGGGGACGAUGGGAAGAGGGAAAAGGCGGAAGUCUCGGGCCUCCCUUUCCCCCUUUCCCCUUCCCAUCAUUACCCGCGCGCUUUCUUUCGCUCUCCCCAGCCUCCCUACGACCCAAAGAGGCCUCUGCUGAUGAGAGAGCCCCUGCAACUGAAUAAAAGCAACAUACAUUUGCAUGCUUUUGUUUGAAUUUCGAAAUUGAAAACUGACCAGUAUUGUAAUGUUGUUUUAGAAGAUCUCUGUAUUGUCAGUGGUUAUGUGUGCAUCCAAGAAAUUGUGGUUUGACAAAAUCGUCCUUCCCUCUAUGUUAGCGAAUGUUAAAUGACACAUUAACUAUGAAUCCCAAGCGUACACAAUCGAUGUUUAACUUGAUAUUGGACAUCAAUCUUAUGGUCAGUUAACAGCUGUCAAAAUAGGGUAUCUGCUGAGCAGUGUCACGUGACUCCAUCGCGGACUCUGGUCUACAAAUUAUUGAAGUGGCAUCUUUUGUAAAAUUUAUCUUCUGAACAGUCAUUGCUUUUUCAUGCUUUUCAAUAGAUUCUCGGCUUUCCAUUUUUCAAGAAGAAUUCAGCUUGCUUCUUGUUGAUCGCGAAAGCUGAAUUUCUUUUACAAAGACGUUUUUAAAUGAUUCCACGAAAACGUCGCUUUUGGCCUUGGCUAAAUCUAUAUAUUAAUAUUACCACUUCUUCCACUGAUGACAAGGUCUGUUUUGUGCAUGUGUUGAUCUUCCUUUUCUCUCCCCUGGGGUUUCUUAGGAAGGCAAGGUAACAAAGUAACAGUCAAACCUAAACCAGUAACUACGCAAAGUCCUGUGGCUCAAGAAAAUGACAGCUACAGCUCUACAGUGACUCACGGCAUUUUGGUAGACAUUGAAAGCAGUGAUUUCUACGAGGACUAUGAGCUGCCUUCUGAAGGAGAACUUCAGACCCCUGGUUGGGUAGGGGAGUUUGUAGACAUUGGAAAUGGGAACGACGUGCCACAACCAACGCCAGUGCACGAGAAACCGGCCGUGCUGUCUUCUUGGGAAGCAAAAGUCACUCCACCUCCCAUUAAGCUGUCUUCUGCCAUCGACAUGCGACUUGAGCUUGGUCUUGAGAUGGAAGCAGAGCAAGAUCUUAAAAUGCUGGAGCUUUUGCAAGCCGAGGCAAUUGCCAAGGCUUUGAGCACAACGGUGCCUCCUUCACGGGGAACGCCCAGUCUCACGAGAGAGCGUCCAACUCAAAAUGGAAAAACCGGUUUAGCAGAGUUAGCUUUGCAGUCCUCUUUCAGUAAGAUCUUCUCAAAACCCCAAGUUGAUAUGUCCUCUCUUUUGAGCGUGUGGCUGAAGAUUAAACUCUGCUGCAGCAGUUUGAAACUUGACACUGCAUCGAUUAGACUUUUGCUUUCUCAUUUGGUGAAGCAGCCGGAAUCAUCUCUUCAAACCCGCCACCUCUGUUUGCAAGUUCUUACAGUGGUGUCUGAUCAGCAGUGGAAAGCGUGUGCUGAUCAAGAACUGUUGACGUUUCUCAAGAAUGAAGAUCUUUUGGAUUUUUUAGUAAACCUUUUAUCCCAAAUACCGUCAUUUGGGGCGCACUCUAUUUUGCCCAGUCCAAAACCUGUGAAAGCAUUUCUAUCGUCUUUGCAGUCGGCCGUCGAAAGCCACAGUGAUGUCAAAGUUGUCCUGAUUUUCCAGGACCUCUUACUUAAGGUCAUUCUUGAACUUUGCAAAAGAAGGUAAUGUUCUCUAAAUACAUCGCAAGUAACUGUAUUUGUGUGAGUGUUGAGAAAAAAAAAUUGUCGAUUUAUUGAUUUUAAUUUCAAUUCUUUACUGAUUUUAUCGUUCUCCGUUUAUUGAUUUUAUCCCAAAAAUGUGGUUUCCUUGGUUCGCAUGUGAUAGGGCUCUGUGCAUCACGAUUGGUGGCAUUCGAUACCUUUAAUGGAACCUCUUAAAAUUAGCAGUUCGUCGUAUCGACGCAAUGCACGCCAUCGAUAUAACUUAUUCUGUGUCUGUGCAGUGAAUUUGAAGAUUUCAUAGCUUGAAAAUAGGUUUUUGUGCUUUAUCAUAUGUCGAACAUCAUAAUUAGUUUUUCUUGAGGCCCUGUUUUCCUAAGACGAGAUAAAUUCUCCUGGUUUAUAAACUGUGUUGUAUUUUUCGUCAACUUCUUGCAGACUUUCCGACAGAGGGUCAGUGGUACAACUACAACCAGUCAUUGACCUCUUACUGGCAAACCCGAAUGUUGCAUCCCGACAAGCAAAACCUGAUGUCAUCUUGAGCCUGGUGAAUGUUACAGCCCAACUAACACGGGAUCACCUAAAUCACAAGAAGAGUGUUAGUCUUCUGCCGUCUGCCGAGAUUCUUAUACCAACCGCAACUGGAACUGGUGUGGACAAGCUAGAUGACAGUGCUUGGCUUCUUCAGUUGUUCUUUUUAUUAGUUGAAAUAUUGCAGGACUCUGUGUCCAAACUGCGCGAAAACAAACGAAAUCAUGAGGCGCUUGUUGGUAGUACCGCAAUAGAUAGUACUGAAGGAUCGACUGAAGUUCAAGAUAUCACGAACACUUGUAACAGUAGUAGCAACCUAAUUGACAAGUUGGUUUCUACGAAAGAGAUUCUUCUGUGCUUGAUGGAAUGCCUUAAUCAAUGCUCUUCUGACAAGCUUUUGGGAUCACCUAACUUAUCCGUGCUUUUAUCGCAAGAUAAAUGGCCUGCGGAUGUGAAAAUCUCCGUGAAGCCUACUUCGAUUGAAGAUGGAGUCCUUCAACUGUUAACCGUAGUUCAAAAUAAUGUUACUGACAAUGAAGUGUUAGUUGAUGGAAUUAUUACAUUCCUUCGAAUGUCCAGCGCAGACGCCUUACAGUCAGCACGUGUCAAACAUCUCUCAGAUCCUUUCUUGUGGCUCUUGUUCAAAGUUUUGAACUCUUCUCAGGCAGUAACUCAGUUCAGCCAGAAAGGUAAGUCUCAGUGAAUGCAGACUACGAGUAGUCCCCAUUUUUCCUUAGGGAUAGUAGAGCGAGCGAGACGCGAGCGUGCGUGAAAAUCACCCCACGCGAGAAAAGGCGACACGUCUCGUCUCGCCUUUUUCGCGUGGGGUGAUUUUUUCACGCGCGCCCGCGUUUCGCUCGCUGUACUAUCCCUGAGGACAAAUUGGGGACUACUCGUAGUCUACAGUGAAUGGGGAUAUAAUAGAAUUGGCAGCUUACUAUGUUUGCCACCUUUGUUGCAUCACCAACAUUAACAAGAAUUUCGUAUUGUCCUAUGGCUACCCUUCAAAACGGUCGCCCUGGAACCUUUUUACGGUGACUAGCCACCUUCCCAACUAAGCUAAUAAUACGGCCUUCUUGUGUUUCACUUCCUUAUCAAUGAAAACCCACAAAUGUGUUAUUACUACGGCUCGGAGCGCAGGAAAUUGCAUUUUAGAGGGUCCAGUUUUGAAAAAUUUCCCAAGGGAACGUGCCCCCAGAAUCCCCUAGACGUUCGUGGCUGCGGCACGAACGGUGCAAGUCCGCCAGCUGAACCUCUGCAUCCGGUACUUCCAAAUGCUACCGUAAACCCUGUUUGGUGAUCUCAAACUGGUUGUCCCCCAUGCGACAUGUAUGACAAAUAGCCCACGUUCGAUAUAUUAAAAUUCUAACAUGCCUCCGAGGCUUUCUGGUCAUUUUUUUUUUAUUUUGUUUAGUUUUCUUUGUACUCAGGUCUCUUCUGGCAACUGCGAGACAAUGGAGUCGUUAACAAUUUGCAAUUUUGACCCUACAGCCUCGGAGUCAUGUUAGAAUUUUAAUAUAUCGAACGUGGGGUAUUCCCAAGCUUGAUGACUUUCUUUGUUCUGUCUGACUGCCUUUGAUUCCUAGGUGGUCUUGACACGGUGUGCCAGUCAAUUGUCUCUGGGCAAAUAUCAUCACUGGACAACACCUCUAGUGGCUUGUUAUCUGUCAUGCAAGAGUUAUCAAGACAAUCAAGCAGAAGAGAAGCUGCCAAGAGCACAAUAGCUGCAGAGACUGACUGGACCAAGAAAAUUGUGAAUUUUGCUCCUUAUGGUCAGUGUAUUAUGUGUUUUAAUAGCGAGCUUGAGCAACGAGAACGCUGACGUCCCGGACGUCAUGAUAGCAACCGGAAGUUCAAUAUCUUGCUUGAUGGAACGUUUCUGUUUCACUCAACGAAUCUGAAUGCCUUUGUUUUAACUCUCACUGUACGAAUUUGUCGAGUCAGCACUAAAAGAGAGAAAAUAUCAACUUCCAGUUGCCAUUUUUGACGUCCGGGAGGUCAACAUUCUCGUACUUAAGGUCCCUAAUGCUGGGAUUACUCUGAGAAUUUCACAAUUGGGUAUACUGUUGCACUGCUUUUAAAUUAUUAGUCUACGAAUACCAAAACAAAUCCGUUAAAUGGCAGAAACGAAACGAUGAACCUUCAGUGUUGUUAUUUGGCACCUUGGUCUUUUUAACUUGAAGUUUUAAAGUUGAGUUUAUGCUCAGUUGUCGAUUGGGUAGCAGAAGAACACUGUCCCUGUUCGUUCGAGACCGGAGCCCGCUGGUUUUACGCUCUCGACCUUAAGUACAAAAAAGAACCAACUAAAAGCAAAACAACAACAAAAACAAACAAGCAAACAAACAAACAAAAAUCCUACUCCUGCUGUUGUAUCUGCUUAUCACCGAAUGUUAUUCUUUCCUCAGGAAGUAUUAAGUGCCCUUCAUCUCCAAGGCAUCCUCCUGAUGCUCUGUUAAAGGUCACAGCUCAGCAUCGUCGAGCGCGGUCUGCAGCGUGGUCUUAUCGCUUUCCAUUAAAUGAAGAAUGGUGUGACCUUGUGAUUAGUCUUCCUACAGCCAUUUUGUUACAUGAAGUUCAUAUACAACCACAUACAACGGGGCUUUCGAGUAAGUGCUGGCCAUGUUUUUGUUUACUAGGGCUAUGUAACAAAUUUGCGUAAUCACAAACUAGUUGAGCGCUGAAACCAAGUGAAUUUCCUUUUCCUGUCGACAAACGUGGUAAACGUAAACUGCAAUGCUAGAAAUGGGCCGAUUUUUGCGAGUACUUCUUACUACAAUCAAUUGUAGAUUCCCCUCCCUCUUAAACUUUCUAACCACUGAAAUUUGCGUCAGUCAUCUAGGUAGAUUUCAGGGCCUAGUUCUGGAAAGGGCUAUUAAUGCUAAUCCAGGAUUAAAUUUCGGUAGUGUAGAUUGAUCAAAGCAUCACUUUGUGUUAUCAUAAAUGGCACUCGGAUAAAAGGUUGGCAAUAUAUCAUAAGCUCCAGUUACAUGUGCCGAGACAAAAAACGUUUAAAAUUUGGUUGAUUUUGACUCAGCUAUCUCAACUAUCUGUUUUGUAAGUAUUUAGUAAUAAUUGAAUUCGGCUUUCGUGUCAUCUGAAGAAUUAUGGAGAUCGCGGAAGAUGUCGACCUUGGCGGAUAACACCCUUUAAAUAAUAAUAAAUAAAUAAAUAAUAAUUAAGGGAUCCGAUCCCGAGAUCCCUAAAUUCUUCAGAUGAUACAAAAGCCGAAUUCAAUAAUUGUUUUAUUAUUCAUUCAAAGUAAUUCCUAGUUUAAAAACAAGCUAAAACAUGCUUACCUCCAUGGAUUUUAAGUUCAUCUUCGAUAGUGCAUGUUUACUGUCGUCCGUCGAGUUGUCUUGUUGCUGUUCUUGCUAUGCUUUUAGCCAAUAGUUCGCCUAUUUCUUACUCUUGAAACGAGUGAAAUAUUCCGCCAUUUUGAAGUCACAACCAAAACAACUCUACCUCGUCCCCAGGUCUACUCGUUUAACGCUUCAAUAAUCUGGCAAUUUGCUGCACUUUUGACGUCAUCAGUUCACUUAUCGUGGGAUUUUAGCCAGUCAGAAACAGAGAAAUAUUUUGAAUGAAUAAUAAGAGGUAUUUUUAGGGGGGGGACGACAUUGACGUCAAUGACGUCAUCACAUUGACGUCGGUGACGUGUCGGUGACUCUUAAAUAAUGUACAUUAAAAAAUUUACUGUAUCACUAUACUUCCCCGAAGCUCGGUAGUCCGACGAUACAAUUCGACACAAAAGCGGCCCAGUAUCACUCCCGGUAUCAAAUUAUACAGAUAGCGGCACCUGAUUGGUUCUUAUUUAUUGGUAUUGUUCAUCAGCCAAUCACAGUGCGCUAUUCUCUGAGAUAUUUGCAUUUUAUUUCCUUGUUUUUGUAUUAAAACUGGAUUGCUCUCAGCCAAUCAGAUUCGAUAAAUUGUGUCAUGUAUAUUACUAGAACUAUUAUGGAGCGGCCUUAGAAUUAAUUUCUAUGCUAAGUAUUCAUAUAUAACGUUUUCAGCAUGUCCUUCACACGUGUCGCUAGACGUCAGUAACGACGCUCAAGUUCUUGUACCUGUCUGUGAACCGAUUCUCACCUCUGGCAUGACAGUUAUCAAACUGAAACUUCAGGAUCCUCAAAUUGCCCAGGUAAAACUUUCUUUUCUUUUUUUUUUUUGCGUAUUUUUUUGCGUUUUUGGAUGCAUCACGUGGAACGGCAAUAUGCAACACAGGACGACCAGUCCAAAUUUUGAUGGGGAGGGCAGGCAUUCAUAUAAGAAAGGAUUUGACAAAAUUUACACUCCCAAAGCGGAAUUGUUAGGAAGAUCAUUUCGAGAUUGACGCUGUAAUCCUGUGUUAGUGCUGUCAUAUGUUUGUCACAGAAAAUGCGAUGUGGUUCAUGCAUUCAGUUUCUUCCAAAGAGUGAAUAGAAUAGAUUAAAUGUAUGCCAUAUCUUCAUAUCAAACCAUCAUGACUAACUUUAUUGAUUUAGUAUUAUGCAGUCAAUAAUGUUGUUUUUAUUAUUUUUUCCUAGCACAUCCAUAUUCACUGUCACUGUCCACGGGACUCGCGGGGUAUGGGACUGUCUCAGAUCAAAGUCUUAGGAGCAUCACUACACGGCUAUCAGAGUCAAGUCAAUCAGGAGCUUCAAAACUUGAAGGGCCAAGCAGCUAGGCAUGUAUUAUUAAUAAUAAUGAUGAUAAUAAUAUUAUUAUUAUAUAUUAGCAACAGCCCUGAUAUAGAGUAUUUUCACUCACGUGGCCAGCAUCUAUGCAAAUUUACUGGAACAAAAGAAAGCGUUUGCAUAAGAAAAGAGUUCAACUCCCACAGGAUUGGUUUGGGACACCAACAUGGCCGCCGUGACGUCAUGUGAAAACACUCAAUAUAUAACGUUACUUGUCUCAACGGGUCUAAGAAAACAUAUAUCGCGUUCCUUAUUGUAGGCUUGGCUGGGUACAGUUACUUGGUCAGUGCCUUUCAAAAGGGCCUGAUCUGGACUUAAAAGAACCUUCGACUCUGUUGACAGACGUGUUUAGUACCUGUACGUCCUUACUGUUAACACCACAGAGGUAAGACUACUGCUCUUUCUUGUCAAAGAAAUCUUUACCCCUUUAAGCCCUAAGAGUGAUCAGCAUCAAAUUUCUCCUUGUGAUAUCAAUGCUUUGUAAAACAGAGUGGUCAUGAGAGUUACGGACAUGAUCACGUAAGAUGACUUUGCUUGAUUUUUUAUCAACCUCUCCCCACUACUUCUGUAGGAAUGAAUAGGGGUAACACAUGAGAAUUAAAAUUUUAAUCUUAGGGUUUAAAGGGUUAAUGGAACCUAAGAGUAGGUAGCUGCACAGUACAAUUUAAAAAACCUUUCCACAACGGCUACCUUGGGAACAGAAGAAAGUGGCCGUUCGAUCGUGGCUGUUCCUUAGACUCACUAAAGUAAGUAUUUACAGUUUUGCCAUGUUUAAAUGAUAAUCUACUUUUCCACAUUUUAGUGAGGCAUAUUCCUCAUGUCUGGAAUUGGUGCUCAUGAAGUUGUCGAUACAGUUUCCUGAACUUGGAACCGUGCUGAUGAAACAGCUUCUGAAAUGUUCAGGUGAAAAGCAGAAAACAAGAUCACCUGUUGUGAAUGUAGCUACAGUGGAACUUAUAUAUCAACUUGGAAAGAAGCAGGAUUCUUCAUACGAAGACAGGUCUGGCAUAACGAUUUAUACUCUUGCACGAUGUUAUAUGAAGCAGCGUAUGCUGUAAACAAAAUUCAAGUAGCUUUGAAGAGAGCUUUCGGUUCUUUAUUUCUAGACUGUCUGACUUGCUUAGUGUUACCACUCUUUGGCCUGUCGCAAGGAGAGCCAAAAUUGCGUGUAGUUUGUUUGCUUGCGUUGUCCGCACGGGUAUUUACGUAAGUUUCGAUUCUUUCACUGGAAUUUCUGGGUUUCUUCUUGUGCUGUUUGGUAUUAUGACACUCGGUGGAUGUAAAUAUUAUUGCCCAUUGAAGUUAUUUGAUCACAGGAGAUGUAAUAUUUUCUCUUGCUGGAAAUGAAAGGUGCUCGAACACGAAAAUGACGAAUACUUCCUUGAGAAUCUAGCGAGACGUUUGUAUCACGUGAAAGACCAAAGCCGAUUUAUUUAAGAACUACUAUUCAGUACAUAGCAAAAUGAGAGAGCAAACCAGACACCCACAUUUGGUCCUGAGGAAGUGUUGGAGUUUGUAAUACCAAAGGCUAUAGAAGAUAUCAUUUUGUUUAUUAUAGUAACCCUUUCUUUUGCUGUAUAAUUCUUUCAUUUCUUUCAUCCUGUUGUAGGUUGUCAGUGAUGUCGUCAUGGUUAAGCUCCUUAUGCGAGUGCCCAGCCACUACCAUGGUAGCACCUGGUCAGGUGCAGGCAGUAGCUGCCGUAAUCUGGAAGGCCAAGGACACCGAGUCUGAAUCCAUUGUUACCAGAACAUUUUCUGAGACGCUUUUCAGGUGCGUUGCUGUGUUAACCAAACUGUUAGUAAAUUGUAUCAAAUAUUUCAAAGUUAUCCUGAAGCUCUAGUCCGCUACAUGGCCGUUUUUAGUGUCUUCAAGCAACGCUCCUCCCCAGUUAUGCGACGAAACUAAAAACUGCUCCAUUGUGCGUGCCAAAAUAGUCUGAAUUUGAUAUGUACCCUCUCCAGUGUACUGUAGCGCUGGGAACAUCGACGUAUUGUCAACUGAAGCUUUUGUCUUUUACAUUUGUGAAGGAAAGCCCUGUUACAGUACAGGUUGACAAUGAAGUGUCCGCAUCAACGAGGUUGACUUUCCACGAGAAUCUGUUGAUUGGGCAAGAAAGAGAGUGUCGGUUGUCCGUAUUAACGGGUGUCCGUAUUAAGCGGAUUCAAUUUAGGGAAAAUGUAAGGGCUUUCCCGAGGGACAAAGAAAAGCGUCCGUAAUAACGAGGUGUCCGUAAAGCUGGGUUUGACUGUAUUGGAGAAAACGUCAGAGAGUGGUGGGUGAGUAGGCUGAACUGCUGUUCGGAAAAUAAGCCUGCGUUACCCCCCACCCCACCCCGUGAAAAAGACUCUCUUCUCGGGAAAGAACAAGACAGGACCCGAGAAGACGGCUGAUGGCUUUACAGUUCUUGUGUCACCCCAAUGUUUUUGUUUCCAGGUUAUGCUGCUUUUACGCGAAAAAUUCAUGCUUCUGAAGCCUUUUCUUAAAUUUUAUUUCCCUUUCUUUUCAGGAGGCUGUUUGAGUUGUCUCAAAAUGUUAGCGAUCAAGAUUCUUUAAAGCAAAGCAUUGACCACCUCAUCGGUGCAUUAACAUACAUCUGUCCAGAGUAUUAUGAGGUACUUUUGGAGUUAACUGGGAUCAAGAACCUGCUACAAGAACAUCACAAGAAAGAAGGAAACAAGGAUCGCAUGUGGUCAACCCUUUUGUCGCCUCCAUCGCGGCUUGUAACACUUGCAACCGCUACUCAGUCCUCCAUCACAAGCCGGAUGCUGUUAAAUUCUGGCCUUCUUGAACUGUGCGUUGAAGCCAUUGUAGACUUCUGUCAUUCGAUUGGAGAUUCGACCCAAGAUUCGUCUGUAGUGAGCUCACCAGAAAGGAAAAAUGGUGUCCCUGUUAAUCUGCUGCCACAUCUUUUGCGUUUUCUCACAUCUUGUUGCCAAGAACCAGCGAUCAAGGAUUGGAUGGGAGAAGGUGGUUACCAAUUUUGGUUUCCUCUUUUAUCGAAACUCUGCGGGGGUCAUAGUGACUACAGUAAUUUGCAAGGGAGAUUACCAGGCAUAGCGUCUUCCAUCUCAAGGUACAGUAGCUUCGCGGUUGAAGUCGCAACCCUUGAACUGCUGUGUAGUUGUGUGCGUUUUCAUCCUCGAAAUCAAGAGAAAAUGGCCUGCCUUUUGGUUGAAAUUAUCGAGGGACAGGGUUCUUUGUCGUCAUCAAACUUGUCGAAGAAAUCAGUGAAUACUACUCGAGUCAGUGGCUUCAUCCGACAGUUGAUCUUGAAGAUGUUGUUGGAGGACGAAACAAUUCCCAUCUGUUUGCAUGUUGAAAAUGAUUCAAACUUACAGUCGUUUAGAGGGACGGAUUUUUAUCAUAGACCUGGUUGGCACCCUCGCCUUGGAGCAGGACACUCAUUCGUGUUGCUUUCUGCUAAAAUGUCAUCAAAUCUUCAAGAACUAAGCAGGCAAAUUCUUUUACCUCAAUCAGAAAAACAUGUUGAGACAAUUCCCGAGGAAAAGACCUUUAAGUCGUCAGCAGAAGGAAGUACAGACCCAUGUGACUUUGGUCUGUACGAAGGAUUUGAAUUUCUGGAGUCUGUUAGUCUUGCUGCGGGGCUGAACGUAAAGAACAAAAGGGCGGAUAAAAGUGACAAUUUAUCGACAAAGGACAAUCCUACUACUUUACAGAGUAUCAAUCAAAAGAGUAACUUAUCUUACUCACUUUUUCAUGAGAUCUUUGGUGAUAAGUCUUUGCCACAGUCUUGGACAUUGGCCCAAUUAAUGCAGUCCUUGAUAAACAGUGGACUCCCUUGUGGAAGUUCGUUUCUUGAGCUGACCUGUAGGAAGCAAGAAGAAACGAAGUUGGUAGAUUCCUUGCCAACUGUCACGUCGUUGUCGACUCCCCUGGACAUCUUUGCUAAACAGGAUGGGCUUGCGCAGUUGUCAAUUCACUUGCCACGCCACAUCAUUGUCUCCCCCUCAGUUAUACCAGCUACAGACCUCGAAGAGAGGGAUGCUGAUAACAAUGGCGUAGGUAGACUACCCUCGUACCCCACCCAGCUUCCGCUGCCUCUGGUUUCUCUCCCCGCAUCAGUUGCCAGUACUGUUCCAGCUCAUUCUCUUGUUGCAUUUGGCUUGUUCAUUCGCCUUCCAGGGUACAACAAAGUGCUUCUACAGGAUCGUCGCAGAGCUCGCUAUCUUCUGAGGCUGCUUAUGGGCACCAAGCAGGAUAGUGAUGGAGGUAAGAGGUCACAGGUGGUUUCGCCUGAAAGUAGAUUCGCCCGAAGUUGUUUCGCCCAAACGUACGUCGAUUCGCCCGAUGUUUGUUUGUCGUUCUUUAGGCCUAAAAAAAGGAUUAAGCCUGAAAAGACUGACUGUACAUGUGGAUCAAUAACUUUUUCUUGUGAAAACUUCACACAAAAUAUAUAUAUCAAAGCACUUUAAACCCUCGACUUCGAUUUAGUGAGAGAGUGAUCUGGUAGUUCACUCUUUUAACCUGGGCUUUGAUGUCCUGGUAGCCUGGGACCAGGCUCCGCAGUGGGGGAAAAAGGUAAAACACCGGGGUCAAAUAGGAAAAAUAUAGGACUCUCGGCUCGCUUCGCUCGCCAAGCUGUUUUCUUCGCCAACGUCGAUUUUUUUCUCCUUUUUCCCACAGUGCGGAGCGUGGUCCCAGGCUAAUGUCCAGGACACUAUUUGAUUAAAGUCUUCACGUUUCAAACUCGUUUAGGCCGGUUAAGUAAACAUUUACUAUAGAGUGCUUGAAGGUACACAAGCGACUAACGUUAAGUUGCUUGCGAGAAACCAGCUGAGUCACCUCGUUUUCAACUUGUUUGAUGGCUUUUUCCCAGCUGUUGUUUUUAUUCACCUAAUCUGUAUUUUUAACGUGAUGAAAGGGAAAGAAUUUCUUCGGACGUAGACACUGUCAACUUUGAGCUUCUUAUAACUGCGGUCAAACCAAAUAUAGCAACAAGUGAAGUACACCAAUAUAAAUAUGACGAGCUGUGACUGGUCUAGGAUAAGGCAAAACAGACAAAUGGCUGCCUGAAAUUUGCAAGCUGUUGCUCAAUACAUAGAAUAUUUACUUCGUUCGGUUCGUUUGAGCCAAUAGUAGAAGCCGUGAAAUGCAAAGCAAGUAAUUCUGAAACCAUUCUGUCAUUCCCAAUGUAUGUUUUUGUUGUAGAAUCUAUCCUGUCCUCUCCAGUAGCCAGCAGCCUGUCCACCCUGCCAUUCCAGUUGUUGUCCUCCCUGUUCCAGGAUGAUACAUUGACUUCACUGGAGAGUGUGGCAGUUCAGAGGGCAGCUAUGGAAGUUGGUGCCAUACAGAUGGUUUUACUGUGCCUGGCAGUGCUUAGUCACCACAAGCCGCGUGCAUCUAACCACUCUCACAAUCUGGCCCUCCAGGCACUUUCUGCUCUGACUGGAAGGUAAGCUUAAUCCUUUCAACCCCAAUAUCCACGCACAAAUUCUCCAGACUGGUCUGCAUACAUUUUCUUAAAUAAUUAGUUGGGAGAAUUUGAUAUUAUUUUCCUUUUGGUGACCAUUUUAUAACUUCUCAUAACCUUUUCUCAUGAUGAUGUAAGAAUAUUGUUAGGAGAACACUGAAUGUUGGUCACUCGUGGGACUUAGAGGUGACGUUACGCAAGACGAUUCGCAACGACGAUUUUAAGGGCAACCCAGCACAUUGUGGCGACAUUAGUGUGUUUUGUAACUUGUGAAUUUUGUGUGGAUAAAAUCCUGCGGUGCGAUUCAAGUGAAACCUAUUCAGCAGAACUUUCACAUAGUAAUAUUUGUUUUUCCCGAUUUUCCAAAGUUUGGACCAUUCUGGGAGGAAAAGUUUAAACUUUUCUUUGUCCCAUACUCGGGUCAUGUCGAGCUAUAACCUUUGAGAUUGUCUUACUGUUCAGUCCUACCACUUUCUUUAAUCUCCAUUUCCUUUCUCACGGUACUACAAUGUUGUUCGCUUGUCCCGAAGAAAUAUAAUCUAUUUUCCUUUCCAGCGUAUGUCGUGAUAACGAUACAGGGUCAGGCAGUGAGAGGAGCUACUGGGCUAAAGGAACAGGCUUUGGCACAGGCUCCACCUCCUCUGGCUGGGAUGUGGAACAAGCCAUGCUGAAACAAAAAGCUGAAGAGGAACAUGUUACUUGUCUACUACAGGUAAAAAAAAAUCAGUUGAUAGCCAUUUUUGUGCGUUUUGAUGGGGUGCCGUAUUAAAACGUCUCGUCUCAAGACAGUUUCGGAAGACGAGAUUUUGAGAUGAAUGAAGCAGCUGUACCGACUUAUACCAAGAAAGCGAUAAAAGUUAGCUUUUAUUAUCGAUGUUUAUUGGAAGGUAGAAUUUUUUUUCUUUUCCUUUCUUUUCAUUUCUUUCAUCCUGUUGUAGGUUGUCAGUGAUGUCGUCAUGGUUAAGCUCCUUAUGCGAGUGCCCAGCCACUACCAUGGUAGCACCUGGUCAGGUGCAGGCAGUAGCUGCCGUAAUCUGGAAGGCCAAGGACACCGAGUCUGAAUCCAUUGUUACCAGAACAUUUUCUGAGACGCUUUUCAGGUGCGUUGCUGUGUUAACCAAACUGUUAGUAAAUUGUAUCAAAUAUUUCAAAGUUAUCCUGAAGCUCUAGUCCGCUACAUGGCCGUUUUUAGUGUCUUCAAGCAACGCUCCUCCCCAGUUAUGCGACGAAACUAAAAACUGCUCCAUUGUGCGUGCCAAAAUAGUCUGAAUUUGAUAUGUACCCUCUCCAGUGUACUGUAGCGCUGGGAACAUCGACGUAUUGUCAACUGAAGCUUUUGUCUUUUACAUUUGUGAAGGAAAGCCCUGUUACAGUACAGGUUGACAAUGAAGUGUCCGCAUCAACGAGGUUGACUUUCCACGAGAAUCUGUUGAUUGGGCAAGAAAGAGAGUGUCGGUUGUCCGUAUUAACGGGUGUCCGUAUUAAGCGGAUUCAAUUUAGGGAAAAUGUAAGGGCUUUCCCGAGGGACAAAGAAAAGCGUCCGUAAUAACGAGGUGUCCGUAAAGCUGGGUUUGACUGUAUUGGAGAAAACGUCAGAGAGUGGUGGGUGAGUAGGCUGAACUGCUGUUCGGAAAAUAAGCCUGCGUUACCCCCCACCCCACCCCGUGAAAAAGACUCUCUUCUCGGGAAAGAACAAGACAGGACCCGAGAAGACGGCUGAUGGCUUUACAGUUCUUGUGUCACCCCAAUGUUUUUGUUUCCAGGUUAUGCUGCUUUUACGCGAAAAAUUCAUGCUUCUGAAGCCUUUUCUUAAAUUUUAUUUCCCUUUCUUUUCAGGAGGCUGUUUGAGUUGUCUCAAAAUGUUAGCGAUCAAGAUUCUUUAAAGCAAAGCAUUGACCACCUCAUCGGUGCAUUAACAUACAUCUGUCCAGAGUAUUAUGAGGUACUUUUGGAGUUAACUGGGAUCAAGAACCUGCUACAAGAACAUCACAAGAAAGAAGGAAACAAGGAUCGCAUGUGGUCAACCCUUUUGUCGCCUCCAUCGCGGCUUGUAACACUUGCAACCGCUACUCAGUCCUCCAUCACAAGCCGGAUGCUGUUAAAUUCUGGCCUUCUUGAACUGUGCGUUGAAGCCAUUGUAGACUUCUGUCAUUCGAUUGGAGAUUCGACCCAAGAUUCGUCUGUAGUGAGCUCACCAGAAAGGAAAAAUGGUGUCCCUGUUAAUCUGCUGCCACAUCUUUUGCGUUUUCUCACAUCUUGUUGCCAAGAACCAGCGAUCAAGGAUUGGAUGGGAGAAGGUGGUUACCAAUUUUGGUUUCCUCUUUUAUCGAAACUCUGCGGGGGUCAUAGUGACUACAGUAAUUUGCAAGGGAGAUUACCAGGCAUAGCGUCUUCCAUCUCAAGGUACAGUAGCUUCGCGGUUGAAGUCGCAACCCUUGAACUGCUGUGUAGUUGUGUGCGUUUUCAUCCUCGAAAUCAAGAGAAAAUGGCCUGCCUUUUGGUUGAAAUUAUCGAGGGACAGGGUUCUUUGUCGUCAUCAAACUUGUCGAAGAAAUCAGUGAAUACUACUCGAGUCAGUGGCUUCAUCCGACAGUUGAUCUUGAAGAUGUUGUUGGAGGACGAAACAAUUCCCAUCUGUUUGCAUGUUGAAAAUGAUUCAAACUUACAGUCGUUUAGAGGGACGGAUUUUUAUCAUAGACCUGGUUGGCACCCUCGCCUUGGAGCAGGACACUCAUUCGUGUUGCUUUCUGCUAAAAUGUCAUCAAAUCUUCAAGAACUAAGCAGGCAAAUUCUUUUACCUCAAUCAGAAAAACAUGUUGAGACAAUUCCCGAGGAAAAGACCUUUAAGUCGUCAGCAGAAGGAAGUACAGACCCAUGUGACUUUGGUCUGUACGAAGGAUUUGAAUUUCUGGAGUCUGUUAGUCUUGCUGCGGGGCUGAACGUAAAGAACAAAAGGGCGGAUAAAAGUGACAAUUUAUCGACAAAGGACAAUCCUACUACUUUACAGAGUAUCAAUCAAAAGAGUAACUUAUCUUACUCACUUUUUCAUGAGAUCUUUGGUGAUAAGUCUUUGCCACAGUCUUGGACAUUGGCCCAAUUAAUGCAGUCCUUGAUAAACAGUGGACUCCCUUGUGGAAGUUCGUUUCUUGAGCUGACCUGUAGGAAGCAAGAAGAAACGAAGUUGGUAGAUUCCUUGCCAACUGUCACGUCGUUGUCGACUCCCCUGGACAUCUUUGCUAAACAGGAUGGGCUUGCGCAGUUGUCAAUUCACUUGCCACGCCACAUCAUUGUCUCCCCCUCAGUUAUACCAGCUACAGACCUCGAAGAGAGGGAUGCUGAUAACAAUGGCGUAGGUAGACUACCCUCGUACCCCACCCAGCUUCCGCUGCCUCUGGUUUCUCUCCCCGCAUCAGUUGCCAGUACUGUUCCAGCUCAUUCUCUUGUUGCAUUUGGCUUGUUCAUUCGCCUUCCAGGGUACAACAAAGUGCUUCUACAGGAUCGUCGCAGAGCUCGCUAUCUUCUGAGGCUGCUUAUGGGCACCAAGCAGGAUAGUGAUGGAGGUAAGAGGUCACAGGUGGUUUCGCCUGAAAGUAGAUUCGCCCGAAGUUGUUUCGCCCAAACGUACGUCGAUUCGCCCGAUGUUUGUUUGUCGUUCUUUAGGCCUAAAAAAAGGAUUAAGCCUGAAAAGACUGACUGUACAUGUGGAUCAAUAACUUUUUCUUGUGAAAACUUCACACAAAAUAUAUAUAUCAAAGCACUUUAAACCCUCGACUUCGAUUUAGUGAGAGAGUGAUCUGGUAGUUCACUCUUUUAACCUGGGCUUUGAUGUCCUGGUAGCCUGGGACCAGGCUCCGCAGUGGGGGAAAAAGGUAAAACACCGGGGUCAAAUAGGAAAAAUAUAGGACUCUCGGCUCGCUUCGCUCGCCAAGCUGUUUUCUUCGCCAACGUCGAUUUUUUUCUCCUUUUUCCCACAGUGCGGAGCGUGGUCCCAGGCUAAUGUCCAGGACACUAUUUGAUUAAAGUCUUCACGUUUCAAACUCGUUUAGGCCGGUUAAGUAAACAUUUACUAUAGAGUGCUUGAAGGUACACAAGCGACUAACGUUAAGUUGCUUGCGAGAAACCAGCUGAGUCACCUCGUUUUCAACUUGUUUGAUGGCUUUUUCCCAGCUGUUGUUUUUAUUCACCUAAUCUGUAUUUUUAACGUGAUGAAAGGGAAAGAAUUUCUUCGGACGUAGACACUGUCAACUUUGAGCUUCUUAUAACUGCGGUCAAACCAAAUAUAGCAACAAGUGAAGUACACCAAUAUAAAUAUGACGAGCUGUGACUGGUCUAGGAUAAGGCAAAACAGACAAAUGGCUGCCUGAAAUUUGCAAGCUGUUGCUCAAUACAUAGAAUAUUUACUUCGUUCGGUUCGUUUGAGCCAAUAGUAGAAGCCGUGAAAUGCAAAGCAAGUAAUUCUGAAACCAUUCUGUCAUUCCCAAUGUAUGUUUUUGUUGUAGAAUCUAUCCUGUCCUCUCCAGUAGCCAGCAGCCUGUCCACCCUGCCAUUCCAGUUGUUGUCCUCCCUGUUCCAGGAUGAUACAUUGACUUCACUGGAGAGUGUGGCAGUUCAGAGGGCAGCUAUGGAAGUUGGUGCCAUACAGAUGGUUUUACUGUGCCUGGCAGUGCUUAGUCACCACAAGCCGCGUGCAUCUAACCACUCUCACAAUCUGGCCCUCCAGGCACUUUCUGCUCUGACUGGAAGGUAAGCUUAAUCCUUUCAACCCCAAUAUCCACGCACAAAUUCUCCAGACUGGUCUGCAUACAUUUUCUUAAAUAAUUAGUUGGGAGAAUUUGAUAUUAUUUUCCUUUUGGUGACCAUUUUAUAACUUCUCAUAACCUUUUCUCAUGAUGAUGUAAGAAUAUUGUUAGGAGAACACUGAAUGUUGGUCACUCGUGGGACUUAGAGGUGACGUUACGCAAGACGAUUCGCAACGACGAUUUUAAGGGCAACCCAGCACAUUGUGGCGACAUUAGUGUGUUUUGUAACUUGUGAAUUUUGUGUGGAUAAAAUCCUGCGGUGCGAUUCAAGUGAAACCUAUUCAGCAGAACUUUCACAUAGUAAUAUUUGUUUUUCCCGAUUUUCCAAAGUUUGGACCAUUCUGGGAGGAAAAGUUUAAACUUUUCUUUGUCCCAUACUCGGGUCAUGUCGAGCUAUAACCUUUGAGAUUGUCUUACUGUUCAGUCCUACCACUUUCUUUAAUCUCCAUUUCCUUUCUCACGGUACUACAAUGUUGUUCGCUUGUCCCGAAGAAAUAUAAUCUAUUUUCCUUUCCAGCGUAUGUCGUGAUAACGAUACAGGGUCAGGCAGUGAGAGGAGCUACUGGGCUAAAGGAACAGGCUUUGGCACAGGCUCCACCUCCUCUGGCUGGGAUGUGGAACAAGCCAUGCUGAAACAAAAAGCUGAAGAGGAACAUGUUACUUGUCUACUACAGGUAAAAAAAAAUCAGUUGAUAGCCAUUUUUGUGCGUUUUGAUGGGGUGCCGUAUUAAAACGUCUCGUCUCAAGACAGUUUCGGAAGACGAGAUUUUGAGAUGAAUGAAGCAGCUGUACCGACUUAUACCAAGAAAGCGAUAAAAGUUAGCUUUUAUUAUCGAUGUUUAUUGGAAGGUAGAAUUUUUUUUCUUUUCCUUUCUUUCCUUUCUUUCUUUUUCCCGUUUGGUUUGUUUUUUUUGUUUGUUUUACUUCCUGAAUUUGUAUAGAAUCGCAAAUUAUAAAUUCAUGUCUUAAUCAUAAAUCUAACUCAUUUAUCAAACUGAUUACGGUAAAUACUAAAACAACUAACGGGCGGUACAUAGCGCUAGAUAUAUGCCUCGACGCUUCUCUUGUUCGGUAAAAAUUCACUAUUUUUCACCCUCCCUUCGGGGGACAGUUCACCUGUCCCUCCCCUAGGCCAACAUUAACAAUUACUUCUCACUUAAGGCAAAAUGUUGGCUUAGGGGAGGGGUAGAUGGGUAGUUGCCCAGAAAAUUGCCAGCCUCAUAUUGAAUAGUGAAUACUAGGCCUCUCCAAAUAGUUAUUUGUAAGUGUGCUUAUUUUGUAGGUUCUUGCAAGCUAUAUCAAGACCUUUAGACAAGAGCGCGAGACUAAUGAAGUGGAGUGUUCAGAAUCAAGCCUCGCGUUGUCACUGUUAGAGUUGUUGGGAGAAUCGUGUCUGAUUCCUGCUCUGUCGUCCUACCUGAGGAAUGACUCCGGUUUGUAGAUGUGCCUUGCUACAGUUAAUAUCAUUUCUCCCGUGACAGUUAUUUUUCUUAAUUCUGAAUUUACGGUUGUUUAAUUCAUUUGUUCCUGUUCAUCUUUUGGUCGCGUGACAAACGUGUCCGUUAUCACUCGACAAGAAGGGAGUCAAAAGCUCGUGCGAACUCCUGUCCUUAAUCCUGAUUGGAUAGAAGGGAAACUCGGGGGUGUUUAUAUUGUAGGUAAAAUCUGUUCUCCGGUCAAACCAGUGUUCGCCAUAGUUUGAUUCUUAAUUUCCUGUGUUUUCAAGCCCUGGUUAUUCACAGGAGACAAAGAAAAUUGUGGUAUAACUUGAGAGCGGUUUUUGCUGACAACAUUUACAGCUUAACAGUAUGUGGUGGAAUCCCGUUAGUUCGAAGCUUCAGGGGAAACUGAAAUUGGUUCCAAAGAUUUUCUGGGAGGUUUGGACAAUGAGACGUAAAAUUACAUCGUCUGGUUGGUUUUAGCACUGCACGAAAAAAAUGGAUUUACACAAAUUUACUCCGUGCAAAUAUGGUGCAAAAAUGUGCAAACGGAGGGAAAUCAAAAGCAAAGAUGGUAAAUACCACAUUAGCUUGCCAGUUUACAUGGGGUUGUAAAUUUGAGGGCAAAUGCGGUAUUUACCAUCUUCGUCCUUUAUUUAACCUUAGUUUGCACUUUCUUGCACCAUAUUUGGACUAAGUAAAUUUGGUGUGAAUCAAAUUUUUCGUGCAGUGCAUGGUUUGAAUGAGUAUUCGGAAGGUUCAAGAGACUAACGGUCCUAGACACUCCCUGCCGGAGUCACGGAGUAACGGAGCCAUUGCUUUUCUUUUAUUACAGUGCUGGACAUGGCACGCCAUGUUCCUCUGUACCAAGCUGUCUUGAAUGUCCUCCGUGCCAUUGCCUUGUGCCCAGUUCUCCUGCCUCUGUUGCUCCCUCGAUCAAAUGGUUAUUCGCCAAGUCACCAAGACAGAGCUUCGUUAGAGGCCCCUUGUAUAGCCACACUUCUGGACAAGAUGAGGCAGUGUGUUGACACUUACUCUAGAACUUUACGGUUUGUAUCUCAACAUUCCUGAUGACAAUUUCACAAUAAACAAGACGCUAUCAAAACGUAUACUUGGGCUUUGAACUGUAGGGUAGUUCUUAUACUCUGAGCUUGGGCUUACUUUCGCAAGGGCGUGGUUGGUGUACAAUGAGCCUACCGCCAUCAGUGGCGGACUACGCACGCGCAUCUGACUCCAAUUGUGUUCAACGGCUAGACCAGAUUCAAACUUGGCUAUUCUAUUGGACGCCCAAUUUUACAAAAAGGAUUAGUGAGCUCGUCCACAAAUUACAUGUACUUACCCCAAUAUUAAGCGUGUUUUAGACAGGUUGUACAGUUGCCUAAGUAACCUUUUAAACCAUGAAAUAACCUUAAGUUGUCUGGCAGUGAUUUGUUACAACGGACGAAUAUAAUUUGGAUUGAUCCGCGGAAGUCAGCUACCUUGUUAAAAGGAAGUAACCGUUCUUGUAUUAUUUUUUGACAGCUCAACUCAGUGGAAAAGAGAAGAUCCUACUCCAUCCCCCACCAGUGCGUCAAGCACCGCUGGUUCAAGUACAACAACCGAGGAAGACACUUCAGCAGGUGCUAGUCCAUCGGGAACAAAGGCACAAAUGCAAGGCUCAACAGAGGAAAAGAAGGAUGCCGAGGCAGAAGGGCUAGCGCAACUUAUACCGGACAUCCAAGAAACUGCAAAGCUGUUGCAGCAGGUAGUUCAGAAAUUUCGUAAGCAGAAGGCCGUCCACACCAAGUCAAUGGAAGGAACCGGAAAGGAGCCUGAAAGCGAAGCUGCAUCUCUCUCACCCGAAGAGAGGUAUUUGGCCAGCAUGAAACCUCUUCAGUUUGGUAAGUGUUGUCACGUUUUUGAGUUCCUCGUUGGGGUUGGGAAAUGAAUAGGGAGUCUGCCUAAGAUGUCAUGACGGCGACGGCACCAACAACGUAAAAAAAAGAAUAGCUGUGGAUUACCAAAAAGAACAACUUUGCACGUGCGGCACACUUUUUGAUAUAUUUCUUUGGUGUUGCCGCACGACGAGGACGUAAAAAUGCCUAAUUUCGCGUCCUAUGGAGGACGGAAAUAAGUUAGGACGGAUUUCUCCUGUUUUUGAACAUGGAUAUUUUUGCGGAAUUCAACUCCAGGAGAAUUCGGCUACGUUUGACAAAGUGAGCAGGUUGGUAUAAUCGCGCUGAAGUUUUGAAAAACGCGAAGUCGCUUUUUAAAUAUUCAAACUCCCUGAUGUGGGAUUCAUGACCGCGAAGAAACAAGAGGCUCAUCAUGGCGCGAUUUUAAUUGCUUAGGCCUUAGGCCUUCGCGCGUCCUUGUUUGUGUUUUUGGUCUCUGUCUGCCAUGAACUAUGCAAACAACAUCUUAGAGGGAUAUUUUAUUACAAUCCUGUUGUCUUUUUCUUUUCUUACUCCGUCUUUCUUCUUAACAGGAACUCACAAGAUUGUGGUCGAAAAAGAUGGAAAGUUAGAGUUCGAUUCUGGUGGCUACCAUUUUGCGUCUUCCGUGCGGUCAGCGGGUAAUGGUACUGGAAGUGGUGGCAUGGUGCGGGCCAGACGUCUGGCACAGGAAGUGUCGUCAUUAGCAACGUCACUUCCACUUUCCUGCAGUUCGAGUGUGUUUGUCCGUUGUGAUAAAGAAAGACUGGAUGUAAUGAAGGUAAUGACCAAACAAAUGUGGAAGUCAUCAUGAUGUAGUCCCGUUAUAAUUGUGAAGUUUAACGAAAGAUAAAGGGUGUUUUUUUAGCGGAUCUCAGCGCGCGCGCUAAGGGCAACCAAUGUAAAAUCUCACACUUUCUAGCUAGUGUGGGAGCCUGCAACCUUCUUCUGCACAUCCAUGUUGUGGUCAAUUGACAGCUGUCAAAACAGGGUAUCCGCUGACCAGUAUUACAUGACCAUAUCGCCGGCUCAGGUGCCGAGUCAUCGAGGUUUUGUGUUUUUUUAAGUAAUCCGCUGACAAGUUACUAGUUUUCAACCGACCGCAUGCACAACUCUAAGUGGAUUUCUUUGCGAUGGUUACUAGUUUAAGUUAUAAAUCUAUUCAUGGGAGUUUCACUUUUAGCUGUGGGUAAAUCCUUAUUAUUAUCAUUAUUUUUAGGUGCUUAUAACAGGUCCUUCGGAUACUCCAUACGCCAAUGGAUGCUUUGAAUUUGAUGUGUACUUUCCCCAGAACUACCCUGAAUCUCCCAUGUUUGUCAACUUUGAGACAACUGGUCAUCACAGUAUUCGCUUCAAUCCAAACCUGUACAAUGAUGGAAAGGUAAUGGUGCAAAGUCACAAUUUGAUGCGGUCGAUAUCAUGCGUUUUAUAACAAAGUUCAGAUAUAACGCGAACUCUGAUUGGAUGAAAACAGUGCUUUAUGAGAGCAUAAAAACACGGAGUUAAAACUGUCACCGCCAUCUGCUAAUACUUUCUUUUUAAAGCUGGAAUUAAGUAAUGCGUGGGGAAUUUAACGGCUUCUUUGUCACAUAGAUAAUGAAGCCUUGUCUGUCCUCUGUUCUGUUUCUCUCUGGAAGCGGCUAAAUCACUCAAGAAGCAGGGAGUAACACGACUACAUCUCUCUAUUCGUUCGUGCUCUUGCCGCUUCCUGCGUGCUUUACAAUAGAACAGAGCACAGUCAAGGCUUCUUUAUUUGUUAACUAGAAUUUGACCCAUUUAACCCAUAGUGAGAGCAGGCAGACGGCUCUGAAGGCUAAUUUGUCGUAUUUCUUAUGUGGCAGGUUUGUCUAAGUAUCUUGAACACUUGGCACGGUAGACCAGAGGAGAAGUGGAAUCCACAGAACUCAAGCUUUCUUCAAGUAAGUGAAGAACAGCUCCUAUUCUUUACUUUCACGGUUGCAUUCAUUGUUUUCAAUCCAAAUGGCCUGUCUCCGACGUAGAAAUAGGGCGGCGCGCAGGGUGAGACUUAAGGAAAAAGCGGCGCAGGAACCUAUUUUGUCUCCGAUCAUCCUAUUUCGUUACGUUCCCCACGAUCGCCCGGAACAAACUUAAAUCCAACGUGAAGUUGUGUUAGGUUUUUUUUUCUCCCGCAUUUAGCCUUUUCCACCUUUUUUCCCCUCAAGUUAAAGUUCGUUUACGUCAGUUAUGCUUGGUGAACGUUCUUAGCCUAAGAGUUUUUCCAACCUAUUGUAGGUUCUGGUGUCAAUUCAAUCGCUCAUUCUGGUUCACGAGCCAUACUUCAAUGAACCUGGGUACGAGAGGUCGAGGGGUACACCCGCUGGCCAGCAGAAUUCGAGGGAAUACGACGCCAACAUUUGUCAAGCAACUGUACGCUGGGCUAUGCUGGAACAGUUAAGGAAGCCUUCGCCCUGUUUUAAACAGGUCAGACUAGAGUCUAUUGUAAAUAUAGACGCUGAUCAACAGCACAUUCUCAUUGAAAUUCAUUAGAUCGGCGGUAAAAUGGGGACGAAGAAUCGCCAAUUUGGUCCAGCACAUGCGUCAUUCAGGGGCAGCAAUUUGUAAAACCUCUAUUAACCGAUUUAAUCCUAGACGUUUUGCCAUAAACGGCAUUUUCAGUAGCUUAAAGCUCAAGUAAACAUUUCUUCCGGGUUGCAUUGAAGCUACUAUGUAAGUUUACGGUGUGGACGUAGCUGAUUUCAAGCUUUCGGGUCUAAAAGACGAAAACUUGUCACUAUGCUACAUCAGCCCAGUGCUCUGAACUAGGACAAGUUUUUUUUUCUCGUGUUGUUAAGAAUUUGAAUGAUACUCAGGGCGUUUGUUAUGUCUUGUGCAUACAAUUAGGUUAUCCAAGCGCACUUCUACUACAAGAAAGAUGAAAUCCUGGCACAGUGCGAACGAUGGAUCAAAGACACAGAGAGUCUUUUAGCCGGGAGACCCGUGGGGCGAGCCAUAUCUCAUCAUGUACAGUCCUUGAAGCAGAACACAGUUCUGCUGAAACAGGAGCUGGAGAAGCUAGAACCGCCUCCUGAACCCAGGGAAGGGGAGGAGGACAGUGAUGAAGAUAGUGAUUGACACUGUCACUCACUCAAUAAUAAUUAACAUUGUCACUCGCUCAAUAACGGAAUCGACAGUUGCAGCAACUGUUUUAUUCACAGAGUAUUCGGCGCGGUUAAGUGUUAACCUCCAUAGGCGCUGUGGUUUAUUGUGCAAUUCAAGACGUCAUUUGCGAAAUGCGAAAUGAGCUUUGACACACGUGGAACCGACACGUUUCAUUUACCACGCCUAAGAGCAUUUAAAAUACGCGAAAACUACUGCCAGGUAUUUAUCCUUCAAAGGAGCAGGAUGUGUGCGUGCGUGCGUGGUAUAACAUGACUACUGGGCCAUUGCUGUGUAAAAGUAAAGGACGCGAUUGCGUGUGGGACAUCAAGCGGUAAUAUGAAAUCACUUUGUUUCCUUGUUUGUACACCGCAUUUACUGAAAAGAAAGUAACUGCUUUACCAUCAAACAAGAACAAGCUGAGUUAUCGAAUCACUGACUGAACGAUAAGAUGUGAUAGUUUCUUGCCAGCGUCAACAUUGUAAUCAUAUUCCAACUCGAUCUGGCUUCGGUUUCAUUCCCAAUUCACCAGGUCACCUUUGGAAAUAUCGUUGCACUCUUGGGCAUGUUCUCUAAUUAAGCAAACCUUAAAACUAAACUCUGAUUCGAAAAAAAGCUAGCUAGAAGAUGCAGCUAGCUUUAAAGCAAGCACAUAAGGUUGUGUGCGAUCCUUCCGUGGACCAGUUUCAGUUCCGACAUUUUUAGUUAAUUACCCAAAACAUAAUAUGGAUAUGUGAUUUGAUUAACAGAUUAUUUUAUUACAUUGGGGUAUCCGAACUCUACGGACGCACCGCACUAUAUAAGUGGUAUUUGUUUAAAGACUCCUGACUUCAUCCCCUACGUAAUUUUGAUUUACAUAGUAUCCUCAUGAAUUACUGUAAAUUGUAUAGAGACCAGUGCGCUAUAAGGGCAACUAAAUGGUUUCAAAGAUAAAUAGAUGUCUCAACCAGUGGAUACUAGAUGGAGGGACUGAAUCGCAACAGCUAAAACCAGGCCCCAGUUGUUCAAAAGCUGGAUAGCGCUAUCCACCGGAUAAAUCACUAUCCAGUGGAUAAAUACUAGGGAAACCAAUUGCGCUGUCCAGUGAAAUGCAAUUUCACCUCAUAAUAGUUUCAGUCCUUUUAAAAACGUGUGAGAAAGAUCAUGGAGAUAGCUCCAGCCGAUUGCGUGCCUCCGUGGAUAGAGGUUUAUCCAGUGGAUCGCACUAUCCACUUUUUGAACAACCGAAACCAGAUGUAGUGACCAGCGGGGUUUGGCAGAGGUUUUCAAUGUCGUAGGGUCACAAAGGUGGUUUCAGUAUAUGUUGUAGAGAAUUUCUGUACUGGGGGGUGGGGCUCCGAAAAGCUGAUUGGUGCAUUCGCCGCUUUAAAAACGGGAAAGGAACUAGUGCCGAAAUAUGCCCUACAAGUGUUUCUGGGAUAGAUACUGGGGACGCGCCGGUCAGCUAUUGGCCAUUUUUCUCGUUCCCAGUAACAGUUUCACAAGACCAAUAUUAACACUGAUGGACACGUGUCAACUCCGCGGUAUGGCCAUUACCUGUCCAUGGCCGCCACUACCGGGGUGAUAUGGUUGUGUGCAUGCUUAAGGGGAAUGGCCAUACCGCGGAGUUGGUACAGUCCCACAAGUCUUGGCAACCGUUUACUUGGACCAGUUCCCAAAGUGGCGAAUUCUGCCCACUUCGACAAGCACCUUGAAGGUUUGCGUAAAAUCUGUAAAUUUAUUUAAACAUAGUUAGGUACUAACUAUGAUUUAAAU